GGAGGUCAUGCUGAAAUGUCGGACGGCCGCGACUCUCCGUCGCAGAGCGGUCUCCGCGACCGCGUCAGCUUCUUCGAGAGAGUGUGGUCCGGACGUACCAAGAGAGACUCAGUGGAAGCUACUACUGACGUGGAUGAAAUAGAACGUAAAAUAGAACAACGCAAGCGGCGGCCGGAGUCGCCGAAAAUUGAAGUGAAGUUGAAACAUACGCGCGACACCCAGUCGCCGUCUAAGAGUUUCGACACACCAUUCCCUAAUUUGAAGUUGCGGCAUGUCGAGCCUGAGGAGACGGCGGAACGUCAGGUCGAGGAGGGCGACCUGGCGGCCGGAGUGCGUUUCGUCAGGUUCGAGAGGGUCACGGUCAAGAAGACGGUCACCGAGGUGAAGUCCGAAGACCGGCCCGACUCGCCCCACGAGUGGUACUCGGAGUACAAGCACCACACCCUACACACAGCUCCCAGAAAGGACUACGUCCGGAGCAAAUCGGAAUACGAUUCUCACAUCGCAGAAAUACGAGAUGAACAGGAGAGAGUACAAAAGAAGACGUUUGUUAAUUGGAUAAAUUCCCACUUAUCGAAGCGUAUACCUCCCAUGCGGAUUGACGACCUCAUAUACGACUUACGAGAUGGCACCAAACUACUGGCGCUACUUGAAGUAUUAUCCGGAGAGAAACUGCCGAUGGAGCGCGGUCGAGUCCUCCGUCGUCCUCACUUCCUUUCGAACGCGAACACGGCUCUUCGUUUCCUUGCCGGCAAGAGGAUCAAGCUGGUCAACAUCAACGCAGCCGAUCUAGUGGACGGGAGACCAGCAGUCGUCCUUGGACUCAUAUGGACUAUCAUACUCUACUUCCAGAUCGAAGAGAACAGUCGCGCCCUGGAAUACCUCAGCGGGUCGAGGUGUGCGUCCGCUAUGUCCCAGGAAUCCGCCCCACGAGCCGAGGAAAGGUGGAAGCAAGGCGCCAAGAAGACGCUGCUGCAGUGGGUCGCUAACGCACUGCCCAAGGACUCUAAUAUUCAAGUAUCUGACUUCGGCCCGUCCUGGCGAGACGGGGUCGCCUUCUUAGCUAUCAUCGACGCCAUCAAGGCAAACCUCAUCAAUUUAGCAGAAAUGAAGAGGAAGACUAACAGACAGCGACUCGAACACGCUUUCGACCUGGCUGAAAACGAGCUGGGUAUUGCCAAACUAUUGGACGCCGAGGAUGUAGAUGUGGAUAAACCUGACGAGAGAUCCAUCAUGACCUAUGUAGCGCAGUUCCUACACAAGUACCCAGAACCGAAGACGACCGGUCCGGACGCAGUCGCCGCGGUUCAAGAAGAAUACGAAUUAUUACGAGCCUGGCUGACGGAGAGGGUUAGCGUUUUGACGCGUCACUUCGAAACCAGAACCUUGUCAAGAAAUUACGAAGACUACGUCAGGGCUGAAGCCGAUAGACGCUCCAGAGAACCUGGAUAUCUCAAGCUGGAAAAGCUCAUGUACGCCCAAAGUCAUGUGGCUAUCGCACCUCGCUCCUGGAGAGAGCUGGUCGAUCUGUGGAUCGAAUUGGAGAGACUGCAUAGGAGAUGGCUUUGGAUGCUGGAUUCAGAUCUUCCUGGUGAUUUCAGGAAUAUAGGCGAAUGGCUUGCGAAAGCCGAAUAUUUACUGUAUUUUGACGAGCUACCAACUGCUUUAGACGAUAGAACGGCGGCCAUCAUUAGCGAAAAGCUAGAGGAACAUAGCAACUUCUUUGCCGAUUUACCCGAUGUUUUAGAUAGAUUUGAAGCGGCUUUGAGAUCACCGGAAGCUUCCAGGAUACCUGCUGAAAGGUUACAGGAUAUGAAGGAGCGUCUGGAGAUAGUACAUAGUAGAGCUCCUCAGAGGAAAUCAAGAUUAAAGUACUUGGAACACAAGUGCUGCAUUGUUGCUUUCACAGAAUUGACGAAGUCCAAGCUUGCCACGUGGACUGGCAAGUACGGCCGUAUCGAAAAUGUAAGAGCCUUAUUGGAUGACUAUGACAACUUUGUAACAAAAAACAAAAUAUUCCAAGAAUUUGAUAGAGCUUACAUUGAUAUUAAGCAAGUGGCUGAAGAGUACAAAAAAGUCUGCAAAGUCGAUAGGACAGAGGCGAGGGAAAUUGACACUUUUUUGAAAGAGGUCGCUGAAAACUGGCGCAGGGUGGCUUCUGAUGUAAGAUGUUCGAGAAGUGUCCUGGAAGAAGUUAUCGCUCACUGGGAGCGAUGGACUUCUCUAUCAGAUCAGUUCACUCAGUGGCUUGAUAGGGCACAACAUAUGCUGAGAGUGUCAGAAGACGAAAGAUUAGAAUUCUUCCAAGAUUUAACAGUUUGGAAAGAAAAGCAUCAACUCCUUGGUGACGCUGCUGGUUUCUUGGCAGCAACAUGCUCAGACGAUAUAACUUCGGAAAUCAAGAGAAAAUAUGUAGAAAUUACUGAACGCUGGGAACGGAUUUGGGAGGAAGCUGAGCGCUACGUCCGCGGUGGCGACGUUCUCCGUCAUCGACGCGAGUUGGCUCAGGGGAUUCAGAAAUUAGACGUCUGGCUCACGGCGGCGGAUAACCUACUGGCCUCUAAGCCACGAGGCACCACCGACGAUAUUCAGACAUAUAUAAACCGCCUCCUGCAGCUAAAUGAGGAGAUCGAGGAACAUGAGGAGCUUUUCAAGUCUAUUAGCAGAACCUUCCAAACGGCAAUCGCCGAUCUCCCUCGCGACGAAGUGGAAGCCAAUAUGUCUAAGUUGAAGCAGCAGAAGGAGGCACUGGUGUACGUCAGGGCCACGGUUCCGGUGAAGUUGCACCAGCAUAGACAGCUGCUGGUUCAGCAUGAAUCGCUGGAGAGUGGACAGAAGGAGAUCGGACGUUGGCUCGAUAAGGCAGAGGACACUCUCCGUAGUAUGGAGACCAGGCGUGAGGUGAUAGAAGAAUGUUAUGAGGUCCACCGAAGCUUCUUCUCCCGUACUACCUACUAUCGUUCUAUGUUGGAGAGCAAGAACAAGGUGUUUCAGAACAUCGUCAGCAGUGCGGACACUGACCGCAGCGCUGACGUGACGGAUCAGAUACGACUGAUGAAGGACCUCAACGACCGUUUCGCCCAAGUAUCAUCAGACGCGACUCGUAAAGAAGCAGAACUUCAACGUUUGGUUCGGGCUUGGGAAGAAUUCGACGAGAAAGCCAGAACUGUACGGGAGUGGACCUCUAGGGCUGAAGCGCUCCUGGCCGAUAAUAGGAUCGAUUCUAAACAAGCCGUGGACUUCCAUAAGCGAUUCUUCCAGGAGGCCGACGAGAGAGCCGUUUCAGAACUGGUCAGAUCUGGACGAGAGUUGAUUGAGCUGGUAAGCGAACCAGAAAGACCUUCGGUGGUGGAGACAGUGGAGCAGUUGCAGCGUCGCUGGAGAGAGUUGCUGCAAGCGGCGCCGGCGCACCUCAUGCGACUGGAGUUCAGGCUGGACGAGGCCGUGUUACAGCACACCGUCAAGGAAAUAGACAAGGAGAUUGUCUACGAAGAGCAGGCCUAUAACCAAAGCGAUGACGCGGAUGGUAUUCUUAUCAGGAACGAGGAAUACUUCCGUAACCAAGGGAAGAUCAUGCAGGUUGAACAAUGUCUGCAGAAUUUAAAGAAGAUAUCUCAAAGCUACACCCAACAGACUGGAGACAAUUCUUUGGAAGAAGAAUUAAGGAAAUGCGAACAAAUGUGGGAAGCCACAGUUCACAGAGUAGAGCACUUUAGACAACAGCUACAGAGGAUUCCUGCUAAGUGGGAUGCUUAUAGAGAAAAGUUCAGGGAGAUGGAGAUGUGGAUGGACCACGUCGACAAGACUAUGGACAGUAUUGUCAGAGAAGUUGAUUCCGCUGAGGCAUUUGAACGAGAGAAAACCAUCUUCCAGAACAUUUGCCGCGAAGCUGAUAGAAAACGGGAAGAUAUGAAGUGGCUCGUCCAAACACUGGAUAUGCUUUCGAACCAUUGUUCUGAUGCUGAAGCUCAGGAGGAACAGCUGCGAUUGGAGAACCUUAUCGCCAGAUACAAGAACCUAAUUCCAACAAUAGAGAUUACUAUGAUAAAGACAGAAACAUACACUCGCUGUUACACUUAUCGUAGAGAAGUUCACGAAGUCAUAUGUAUUCUUGAGGGUGCCAAAGAACAAGCUAGGGUUGAACCAGAUUUGCAAUCGCUACAACAUGUAGAACAAUUAGUCCUCGAACAGCAGGCUGCGGUACAGAAGUUAGACAGGCAACGUCCGUCUGUAAUGUCAAUGCUUCACAGAGGAAAGGAACUUAUUAAGGAUGCUAAUGCUCCAGCCUUCGUGAGAGAGGAUGUAAGGAAUCUGGAAACAGGAUGGAAUACCGCUUAUGAGACGAAUACUGAAAAACUCCACAAACUUAGAGACACACAGAAGGUGUGGUCCAAUUACGAAUACCAAAAGGAAGAUUUACUUUCAGAUAUCAAUAAAAUAGAAAGCUUCGUUGCUCAUCCAGGGUUAGAACUUGGAGUUUCUAACAUAAACCGGGAACUACAAGAGACCAAAUCAAUCAGUACGGAUUUGGAACGCGCUAAAGGCGAAAAACUGCCUCAGUUACAACAAUCCUAUGCUGAGUUGCAGUCUCUUACAUCUAAUAAACCUAAACCAGUUAUUGAAAAGGAUCUGGAAACAAUUCAAAGAAAAUUAGUAAGAGUUGAAGAAGACGUUAAAACGAAAGUAGAUCAUUUAGAGAAAUUCAAUGAAGAAUGGGUUAAAAUUGAGAACCAAUUAGAUCAUGUCCGCGAUUGGAUAAAGAAAGAAAGCCCACUUCUAAUAUCACAAAUAAGAUCAGAUAAUAUUACACCAGAAGAGCGUGUAGAGAAAUCACAAACUCUACAAAAAGUUAUUGCCGAAAAACUUGAAACAGUUCGAAAAGUUGCUGAUCAAGGUACUAAGUUGGCAGUUGAGCAUAGAGUUCAGGAUGCUAAUAGACUUAAAGGGGAUGUUGUUGUUUUGGAAAAGAUGAUGGCAGACCUUCAACGAUCAAUGGAACAUCAAACGAAAGUUGUUGAACAUGACUUAGCAAGUUGGCAAAAGUAUCAGAAGGGUGUAUCGGAGAUUAAACCGUGGAUAGAGGAAGCAGAAAUUAAACUAGGUAACGUUCCUAAGCCGGCAUCAUUACCUGAAGCCCAACAAUUACAACAGCAAUCAAGAGCACUGAUCACCGAUUGCGAAAAACAGCUCAUGAAUUUACAGAUCUUGUCUAGCGUCAGUCAUCAGUUGUCAGGAAAGACGAGUGCCCCUGACGAAGUAGAUGCUAUCCACUCAAGAUGGGCUGUAGUACACGAUCUAGCAGAUCAAUGGAAUAAUAAGUUAGAUAAAUUAGUAACUAACUGGGAAAACUUUGAGAAAGAAGCUGAAAAACUUGAAUCUUGGAUUGAAAAUGGCGAAAAACUUAUCAAUAGUCGAAUUAUUAAUGUUGAAACACCUCAAGUAGAAAAACUUGAUAGAGAACUUAAUAAACUCAAAUCCUUUGGUAAUGAAAUUUCACAACAACAAGCAAAGAUUAUUAGCCUGUCCCAAACUUGUGAUAAUAUAUGUCAUAGCAUACAACCCGACGGAGGAACUUUAUUGAAAAAUAAAGUAUCGGACAUCAAGGAACGAACAAACGCCUUGGCUGAUACUGUAAGAAUGAAAGUUAAUGAGUUGUCUGAUAAAAUCAUUGUAAAGCAGGAAUUCCUAACUAAGUUACACAAUUUUGACAACUGGAUUACCGACUUUAGAAGGAAGACUGAAAGUUAUGAUCAAAUAAGUUCUGAUCGAGUGGAACCAACUCUUCAAUCUAUGCAUGUUCUUCUUCAAGAGCAUGCUGCUAAAGCACCUGAAUUUACUGAAAUUUACAAUGAAGUUAAAAAUAUGACUCUCGCAUCCCAUCCAGAAGAAACUCGGUCUUUAAGCGAUACUUAUUCAAAUAUUGCUCAACAUUAUCAAAUUAUUGAAACAAAUAUUCAACAAAAUAAAGCUAUUCUCAAGAAAUGGGCAGACUUACUAAAUUGGCAUGAAGACAACAAACAACAGUUAACCCACAUUCAGUACCAAACAGAAGGGCCGAAAUUAACUCCUGAGAGCUACGAAAUUCUUCGUCAAGAAUUAGUUAAUAUUAUUGCAAAAAUACCAGAAUGGAAAAGUAAUGUAGCCUUAUUAGAUGGCCCUUCUCGAAUCAAAGUAACUGAUCAGAGCACUGGUAGAAUAAUACCUCCUUCUAGUCUGGUCAAGGAAAUAGAAAUGAAAGCUGAGUCUUUGUUGAAUGCUGUGACUACUAAAAGAGAUCUGGUACAAAAAGUUGGAGCUAGAUGGGACAAAUUUAAUGCACAAAAUCAAGCUUUGUCUGAAGUUUUGCAUAAUGUUCAAUCUGUUCUAAAUGAAAUGUCGCAACAAACUGUUCCCUUGACAGAGGCAACUAUUCAGGAUAUGACAGAGAAGUUAGAUAAUGUCGACUCUGAGCUUAAAGAGAAACAAUCUAUAAGAAAGGAAUUUAGAGAAGAAGGUUUACAUCUUAUGAGAGAGGAUCAACCAAAUAUGGGAACCAUUCAAAAUGCUUUAUCAUCAGCAGACAAUAAUUGGGAUCAAGUGGUUAACUUUGUUCGGGAUACUAAGAAUAAGUAUAUUCUUCUAUCAUCAACAUUGCAAGAAUUAAAGAAUUUUACUGUCGCUUUUGAUAGGGAAAUGAAUAGAGCUGAACAAUUAUACAAUGAAUGCAUGGAGGCACCAAAUGAUUACAUGCAAACUGCUCAAUCUUUAGACAAGGCAAAAAAAUCAUAUGAACUUUUGAAGCGCUCCAAAGGCCUGCUGGAUCAAAUGGAACUGAUUAAACAAUCAGUUCUUAAGCAAGCAUCAACUUUAGGUGGAUUUGAUACUAGUCCAUUAGAAGAAGCUUUCUUAAACUCACAGACGCAAUGGGAAAAAGUUAACGACGGAAUAAUAAAACGGAUACAAGAUCUAGAAUCUCAAUUAAUUGCAUGGCGCCAAAUUGAUGACACCAGAAACCAAGUAGUAACUUGGUUGAGUGAAACAGGCCAAAACUUAGCAAAUGCUUGUGAUAAUCUGGAAAUCAGAUUUGGUCAAAAUCAUUUGUUGAAAUAUAAAGAAGAAUUGCCAAUUUAUUUGGGAUUGAAAAAUAGCAUCAAAACUAAAUGUGAGCAAAUUACAAACUUAAAUAAAAGUAUACCAUUAAGUCAGAUUUCUUCUAUAACUGAUUACUUGGACAGCGAAUUUGAAGCAUUAAAAAACUUGUCAGAUAAUUUAGAGGAAGCUGUUUCAUCUUUAGAAACAAAAGAAAAUAAAUUGAAAGAAAACAUCAAGCGAUUAUCAGAUAGUAUCAGUAAAAUAAGAGAUGACAUUAUAAAAUGCGACGAUAUGUCAGGUGACAAUGCGAAAAUUCUAGACAGAUUAAAGAAAUGUCAGUCAUGUAAAGUUGAGUUACAAAAUCUUAGUGACGAAUUAGACAAUCUUACCCAAAAUGUCUCUGAAAUGAAUGCUAAUUAUCCUGGGUUUUACGAAUCAUUAGUACCAAAAGAACUUAGUACUUUACAAAAACGAUUUGAAAGCGUUGUAAUCCAUGCUAACAAAACUGAGACAACUUUAUUGACUUUCCUUCAAAAACUUUUUACUGAUAAAUUAAAUAUUUUCAAUAGAAAUCUCAAAAUACUGGAUGAUAAAACAAGAUGGUGUAUGCCUGAUAUUAAUAGUGACAAAUACAAUCUCGAAGUAAAAAGUGCUGCUUUAGCAGAUGUGGAACUCGGAAUAGCAGAUUGUAAUAAAAAAGUUGUAGAACUUAAAGAAGCUUGUGAGAUAUUGCAUGUGGUAGCCGAACCAGCCUGUUUUCUUGAAGCUGCCGCACAAACUGAAAAAGCAAAGAAAAAUUUGGAUGUUCUUUCAUCGAACUAUGAAGAAAUUAAAAAACGUUUGCAAGACAACAUCGAAGCAUGGCAAGACUAUGAGAAACAUCUUGAAAACGUAUCAGAGUGGCUUAGAAACAAAGAAAAUAGAAUACGACAAGACACAGCAAAUCAGUUGAACCUUAACGAUAUUCAAAAUAAAAUAUUAGAAACUGAAGAUCUUAACAAUGAAAUAAAGAAAUAUGGAGACGAAAUAAAAAGAUUGACAGAAGUCGGGGAAACAGUCUUAUCUAGUAAUCCAGAUUCGAGGAUUUCCCAGUACAUAAAUCAUUUGGAAUCGAGAUAUCAAGCUGUAAGUAAAUUUAUGGACCAACAAUUGAAACGAUUAAAUGACCUUAAAAAUAACAAAACUCAAUAUGACAAAUCAAUCUUGGAGUUUAAAAACUGGAUUCAAGACGCUAACGCUAAAAUAGCAGAUGUAGCAGCAAUGAGUAAACAUGCGAAACCAACGACUUCUGACUUAAAUCAAGUUAAAAAAAUGAAUGACAACAAAGAAAUUGGUCAGAAGUUGUUAAAUAAUGCUGUUGAAUCUGGAGAAGCUUUGUUUAGUGAUGUUUCGCCGGAAGACCGCGAACAAAUAAGAAGUGAAUUAAGAUCAUUACGUGAUGCAUUUGAAGACUCCGUAGAUUCUCUUAACAAUGUUAUAAAAGACAUUGAAACUACUCUCAACAAACGGUCAUCUUUUGACGACACAUUUAAUCAAGUACAGAAAUGGAUUAGUGAUAAGGAAAUAGAGCUGGGAGAGUUUAAAUUGUCCCCUAGUUUACCGGAAAAGAAAGCUCAACUUCAUGCCUAUAAGAUUCUCCAGCAAGAAGUAGAUUUACAUCAAUCAAUGCUGUCACAGCUAACUGAAAAACUAAAAUUAAUGCCGGAUGAAGAUUCAGAAAAAAGUCUGAAGAAAAUAAUUGAUAGAUAUGGAGCUAUGUCUUCAGAACUUGGAAACAGAAUUUCUAAAUAUGACGGCCAUGUUUUGGAUCAUGAGAAAUAUAGUCAAAUGUUGGAGGAAGCUCGAGACCACCUCAAUCAUGUCAUAGCUGAAAAUAGCCUUGUUGCUUAUGCUGUCGUUUCUCAAAAAGAUGACGUCGAUUCUAAAAUUGCUUCACUUGAAAAAGUAACUUCAAGAGCUCAAGAAAUUGAUAAUUCCUUGGAAGAAUUAAAGUUGCAACUACAUAGUGUUUUAGAAACAACCAGCCCCAAUGGUCAUCCUGUCCUCAUUAGUGAAUACGAGCAAUUAAAAACUACGUGGGAGCAAUUUUCAAAACAAUGUAAAGAAUAUGAUAAAAAGUUAAAAGAUACCUUGCAGCAAUGGAAUGAAAGUCAAAAAGCUUUAGAUGAUCUUGAUGAGUGGCUCAAAGUUAAAGAAAGUCAAGUUAGAGAUCAGAGCCUUAAAAGUAAUUUAGAAGCAAAAGUUUCCCACUUACAAAAAGUCAAAGAACUACAGAGCGAGCUGGAAUCUAAAAAAGCUGAUUUUGCUGCCUUGACCGACAAACAAAAUGUUUCAAGUGAGUCGAAUCUCAUUUCUAAAACUUCCAAACUAGCAACGAGGUACCAUUCAUUAAAUAAUCUCGUUAAUGAAAUAAUUUCAAAAUACGAAGUGUUUGUAUCAGAGCACGAAGCAUUCGAAAACGAGUAUAACAGCAUAGAAAAUUGGCUUUUGAAUAUGUUAAGUGAACUUCAAGACCUGAAUGAAAUUGUAGGCGAUUAUGCUGUUCUUCAAGAAAAACAAAAUAAAGCGAAAGAAUUGUAUGAGAUGAGAAAUAAGAAAACACCAGUAUUUGAAGAAUUCCUUAGUUUGGGCGAAAAACUAUAUGCUCAUACAAGUCCUGACGGAAGAGAAAUUAUACGUCAAAAGAUUCGUAAAAUUAGAACAUUAUGGGACAGCUUUGGUGAUAGUUUCCAAGAAACAGUUAAUAAGUUAGAUCAGUGUCUUCUCCAAUUCUCAGACUUUUCUUUAGCUCAAGAACAAUUAACAAAAUGGCUCAAGGAUGUUGAAAAAGCGAUGCAAAAACAUACAGAACUAAAAGCUUCACUUGAAGAAAAGAAAGCGCAGCUACAAAACCAUAAAAUAAUGCAUCAAGAAAUUAUGACUCAUCAACAACUAGUAGAGUCAGUUUGUGAUAAAGCUCAACAACUUGUCGACCAAACUCAUGACGCUUCUUUAAAUGUUUAUUUACAAUCCAUUAAACAAUUGUUCCAAAAUAUUGUCACAAAAUCACAAAACCUUCAAGACAAUCUGGAGGACUGUGUUAAAAGACAUGAAGAAUUGGUACGUUUGAUUCAACAAUUUAAGGAAUGGCUUGGAUCUCAAUCAGAAAAACUAUUAGAUAUUGAAAAUGCUAUAGGCGAAAAACCAGAAAUUAUGCGAAAACUUCAAUCCGCGGUUGCCUUAAAAGAUAUAGAAAAAGUAGGCUCUAGUAAAUUGGAUGAAAUAAGAGCAAUGUUUUCCGUCGUUAGUAAAAGUACAUCAGAAACGGGCAACUCAGUUAUUAAAGCAGAAAUUGAUAACUUGCAUAGUCAAUUACUAUCUGCAGUUGGGAGCAUUUCCACCGCAGAACAGAAGUUAAAAAAUACUUUAGAAGUGUGGAAUAAAUUUGAUGCAUCAAAUGAACUGUUGUCCGUCUGGUUAAAAGAUAUGGAAAAUAAAUGCCGAGAUCAAACGCUCUCUUCUACUUUGGCAGAAAAAGAAUCACAGUUGGAAAGAUAUGUUAAAAUACGUAAUGAUAUUCAUUCAAAAGAAAAAGAAAUAGAUGCCUUUGUUGAUGAAUCUCACAGUCUUGUAUUAUUGAGUGGCGUGGAUCGACUUAAACCUCUUGUCACACAAGUAAGCAGUCGCUACCAACAACUACAUUUAAUUUCUAAGGAAAUAGUUAACCAUUGGCAAGAAUUAGUUACUGACCAUAAGAAAUACAGUCAACUACGAAAUGAAUUCGAUUCCUGGCUAAAACCGUUAGAAGAUCAACUAUCGCAAAUAAUAACAAAUGAAGAUAAACUAAGCAUUGAAAGUAAGGGUAAUAAGUUGCAAGUAUUUUUACUGGAACGAGAAAAUGGGGAACAUAAAAUGGGUAUCUUAACCGCGGCUGGUGAUAAGGUCUUACCAGAAACUGCAGCUAAUGGCAGGGAAAAUAUUCGGUCUGAGAUCAGAGACCUUAGACAGAGAUGGGAUAAAUUGAAUGACGGUAUUCUACAGCAGCAAAAAGAAUAUGAAUCUCAAACACUGCAAUGGUCAAGUUAUCAAGACGUAUUGCAACAAACCCUAUCUUGGUUGGAUGAAAAAGAGAAAAUAGUGGACAGUGAAGAAAAAGUUAUUUUAAAUUCAGCGCAAGAUAUUAAAUCCAAAUUACUUAAAAAUAAAACGCUGUUACAAGAAAUAUAUUCACAUAAAAGAGUAAUUGAAACUGUUACUGAAAAAGCUAAAUCUAUUGCUGCAAGUAUUAGUUCCGGCAAAGGAGAAAAUGACGAAAUGGCCAAAAUCACACAAUCCGUGUGGGAUAGGUACAAUGCUCUCACUAGCAGGUUAUCUAAUAUAAUCACUAAGCAUGAAGGUGCUUUUGAUGUUUACCAACAAUUUGCUGACCAGCAAAAAUCACUUCAGGAUUAUCAGAAGCAUUUGUGGGAUAGGUUACAUUUAUUAUCAGACUAUACGGGCAAUAAAGCUGCUUUACAGGGCAAGGCUGUAAAGAUACAAGAACUUCUGGAUGCAAUUCCUACAGGGAAUAAUAAACUAAAAAUCCUAUCUGAUCUUAUAGAGAAUAAUAGUGUUAAACUUUCACCACGUGGUAAAGAAGGUAUGUCUCGGGAACUAGGAUUACUUCGUGCUGAUCUCGAAAAAUUCACCGCGACUGUCCAUGAUGUUAAACAAGCCAUUGGAGAAAAAAUACAACAAUGGAUAGAGUUUGAUGCUGCUAAUGAUCGUCUGCAGCAUUGGCUGAGCGACACAGAAAUGAGCCUGAAGACUUAUACGCCCAAAGCUACGUUAGAAGAAAAGAUAGACCAACUCAAUAAGUAUCAGGCUAUUCUAGCUAAUUUGAAGAAGACCGAAAACGACGUUGAUAAAGUGACCGAUGAGUUUAGUGACCUCAUUGAAAAUUGCAAUGAUACCAGAAUCACAAUGAAUCUACAGCAGUUGACGUCUCGAUUCCAAUCAGUGCAUUCAACCGCCAAGGAGUUGGUUAAAAAAUGUCAACAAGCGGUCAAUGAUCACAAUGCAUAUCAAGAUAAAUACAAUCAAUGCAUAGACUGGGUUAAAACAGCUGAGCAUAAAUUUGAUGACAGUCAGAGGAAUACUUCUAAUACUCCUGAAGGUAUUAUUGCCAAACGUGAGAGCCUGAACGAUCUAUUAAGCCAAAGACGAAACGCAACGCUGCUUGUAAAUAAUACUUUCGAACUAGGAGAAAAAUUGUACCCUUCAACGUCCCCCGAGGGCAAAGAAUUAAUUGAGCAACAAUUACACGACCUGCAGCAAACUGUAGAUAAUUUGUUUGACAAUAUCUCGAAAGCUGAGCGGGAUUUAGAUUCUGAACUAAAUAAAUGGUCUUCGUUUGACGAAAAUCUAAAAUCUGUAAAGGAAUGGCUAACACUGGCUGAGAAAAAUCUUCCUAAAGAAAUUGAACUUAAGGCUACAUUAGACGAAAAACGGAAUCAAUUAAAUGUUUACAGAAACUAUCUUCAGGAUGCGCUUGCACAUCAACAAGAUGUAUCUGACCUCGAAACUCGAGCCGAAAACUUACCUGAUGUAAAUAAAAAUAUUACAAAAGAAUUGAAUCAAUUGAAACAACGGCAUGAUAUUAUUUUAGCUCGUUCAAAAUCUUUUGUUGAACAAUACGAAGCCAUUGUUAAUAAUCAUCAACAAUAUAGUAAAGCUGUGAUGGAUUUGCAAGAGUGGGUUGAGGCAACACACAACACUUGCCAGUUAUGGGGUGACAUUAAUUUAGAAAGAGUUUCACUUAGUAGUAAUUGUGAAAAAUUGAAAUCAUUACAAGUUAGUCUGCCUGAAGAGAAAAAUCGCAUAGAUAAAAUACGCGCCCUUGGGGAAAAAGUUUUGCCUGGAACUGUGGCUAGUGGUCAAACUAAUAUAAGAAACCAAAUAGAUGCCUCUCACCAAGAAUGGGAGGGCUUAGUGUCAUUUAUCAACAAAACAAUUGAAACGUUGGAAAAUAAGAUCCAACUGUGGAACGAGUAUGAGAACAUGAAAGAUCAGUGUUUGGCAUGGAUCAGAAAUACAGAUAAUUUGAUCCACGCUGUCGAUUUAAAAGCUACUUUAUCUGAAAAACAAGAACAAUAUAAUAAAUUCCAGGAAUUGCAGGGUGAAGUUCGUGCAAAGGAAUUGGAAAUAGAUAAUAUUACGGAAAAAGCACAAAAUUUGUACACGGGUGUAUUAGGUCCACGAGGUUCACAAUUAUCCGAUUUAACAGUGAAAUAUCAAACUUUAUCUCAAAAGGUUAAGGAUUUAACAAAUAGGUGGCAUCAAUACGUUAAGACUCACCAAGAAUUUACGACUAAUGUUGCCGAAUGUUCACAAUGGAUCGAAGAACUCAGAGAUAAACUUGAUUUCUGUGCUGACUUAAGUUCUUGUUCUCAAGACGAUUUAGAAACAAAGUUGGUAUUAAUACAAAACUUGUUGCUUGCGAAAGAUGAGGGAUUUACAAAAGUUCAAGCUUUAGUUGAACUUGCACAAAAUGUUAUGGCCAACACGGCACCAACUGGUCAUGAAGCUAUUAAUAAUUCUCUAGUAGCACUUCAAGAGCAAUGGUCAGCGUUGUUAUCAAGAAUGAUAGAAACAAAGAACCUACUUGAUGAUUCCGUUACUAAAUGGGCUGGAUUUUUAGAACAAAUUCAAUUGAUCCAAAAAAGCAACGCGUGGUUAGAAGGAAUGUUAGCGGAAUUAACUCCAUACGAGAGUUCGAUGUCAGACAAACGUGCCCAACUUGAAAAAUUAAAAGAGGUCGAGGAAAAGGCCCGCUGUGAUCGUUUGGAAGUAGAUACUUUGAAAGCCAAAGCUGCUGAAAUGUUGGCCAGUGGACAACAAAAUCAGGCAGCAUCAAAAGCUCAGGAAACAUUAAACAAAUUUGAUCACUUAUAUGAAAAAAUUAAGAAGUUAUUAGCUGACCGCGAAGAACAAUAUAAGGAUCAUAGAUUAUAUAAAGAAGCCCAUGAUGAACUAAUACAAUGGUUAGGAAGAGCAAGAGAAAAAGUUCCGUCGCUUAAAUCCAAACCCUUAAGUGAUAAGCUUGCCAUAGAAAACUCAGUUGCCCCUCUUGAGGCUUUAAUCAAUAAACAAGCACAAGGUGAAUUAUUAUUAGAACAUUUGCAACAUACAGGCGAAGUUGUUCUUGCAAGUACAUCACCAGAUGGACAAUCCGUCAUCAAGAAUGAGAUGAAAGCUCUUAAAGAAAGUUUUGAUACUCUCUUUAAUGAAAUAAAACAGCAAAAGAGUCAACUAGAAGACACCGUUAACCAAUGGCGAGAGUAUAAAGAUGAAUAUGAAAGACUUUCAGACUGGUUGCAACAAAAGGAAAUACUUAUUAAAAAUCAUAAAUUGGCUUUGUUAGGAACCGCUAAAGAGAAAGGAGGCCAGGUAAAUGAAGUAAAAGAAAUCGUUGAUCAACUGCACAAGGGAAAAACUGAUAUUGACAAUUUCAACGCUUCAGCUACUGGCCUGUUAGCAUCUCAUCUAGAUACUUACGUAAACAAUCAAUUACGACACCUUAACUCACGAUAUCAAGUUCUCAUAAACAUGGCUAACGAUGUUCUUAAAAAAGUAGAAACUAACUACGAACAACAUAAAAAUUACGACGAUAAUUAUGAAAAGACAAAGAAAUGGAUAAAUGAUGCCUGGGAAAUCACUCGAAGUGGCAGUGAAGCGGGUAACAAUAGCAGUAAAGAAGCUUUACAAAAGCGUUUGGAACAAAUAGAAGACCUGCUCAAGCGUCGUGAGGAAGGCCAAAACCUAGUUCAUGCCACGGUUAAUAGUGGGGAAAAGGUGUUAAGAAAUACCAGAUCCGAUGGAAAAGACAGGAUAAAUACAGAAUUAAAAGAACUUCAAAAUGAAUGGGAUCGACUUGUUAAGAAAAUGACUACAGCUAAAGUCCACCUAGAGACAGCCUUACUUCAAUGGGCUGACUAUAGUUCUAGUUACUCUCAACUGCAACAAUGGAUAUCCGAUAGGGAAGCGAAAUUACAAGAAGUAUGUGAACAAAAAGUUGCGAAAUCUAAAAAAGGUCAAGACCGUCAUGCAGGACUUACAACAGGUCUUAGCCUUGGAGAGAGAAAAGCUACACUUCGUCAAACAAACAAUAUUGUACAAGAUAUCGUUUCGUUUGAACCCAUGAUUCAGUCUGUAACUUCCAAGGCUUCAGAAUUAAUGCAACAAGCACCCGCGUCUGAAAUAACAAGUAAAUAUGAGAGUCUUUCUAAACAAGCUAAAGACUUAUAUGAAAAACAAAAAGAAACUGUGGAACAACACCAAGUAUUCAUAGAUGCUGGUACAGAUUUUGUCCAAUGGAUUAGAGCCGCUAAGGAAAAAUUAGGGAAGUGUUCCGAUGCAACCGGUGAUAAGGAAUCUUUAAGCAGUAAAAUAUCACAAUUAAAAGUAUUGGAAAGUGAAUUGCCGGAAGGUCAAGCUAAAUUGCAAAAAGCGCUGGAACAGGGGGAGAUAUCCUGCGGUCUAGCUGAUGAAGAAGACAGAGAAGACAUUGAGGAAGAAGUGGCUCUGAUGCAAGAAGAAUAUGAUACCUACGUAGAACAACUUCAUAAUACAAAAGCUUUGAUUGAGGGCGGUAUUGUUAAAUGGACAGAAUAUGAAGAGCAGUACAAAGAAGCCUUGGAUUGGUUAUCAAAGACUGAGAACCUGGUACAAUCCUUUAAUAAAUUGCAAAAUAAUUUAGAACAAAAGAAAGUGGUUUUGGAAGAAUUCCAGUGUCACCUACAAACGCUUUUUGAUUGGCAAGCUGAAUUGGACAAGUUAAACAUGCGUGCACAAACCCUGCUAGAAACGUGUUCAGAUACUAGGGUAUCAAAUGGUAUCACACAGCUUACUACCAAGUACAACGCAAUCCUGUCACUCGCCAAGGAGGUUAUGAAACGCCUUGAAUUGCAUUACCAGGAGCAUCAGCAACACAAUGCAUUGUACGGAGAAUGCCAAGAUUGGUUGGAUAGAACUCGAGAGAAGUUGAACCAAUGUGCAGAAAUUCCGAACACCUUACAAGAAGUAAACAACAAACUUAACACCGUUAAACUUCUACGUCAAUCUCUAGAACAAGGUCAAAACAAAUUGAGAUACCUCUUAGAAUUGAAAGAAAAAGUUAUGAUGAACACUGAACAGGCCGGAGCGGCGAAGAUACAGGAGGACACAGACAACUUGAAGCAAGAGUUCGAUAAGUUGAUCGCUGACUUACAAGAAGUGAGAAACAAACUGACGACGAGAGCUUCGCAGUUUGAUGAUAUAUCGAAGAUCCACAAACUCCUUGUAGAAUGGUUGGAUGAUAUUGAUCAAAAAAUGCAAUCAGACGAUUCGCUUCUCAACGAUUUAUCAGAGAAGAAAGCAAAAUUGGAAAAAUUCAAAACAUUCAACAGAGACAUCGAUUCACACAAAGACCUUGUAAAUAAACUGAAUGAAAAGAUUAAGGAGGAUGCUUCAUUAAAAUCUAAAGAAAUUGAGGAUACUUUAAAACGAUACGACGAUAUUAAGAAGGCUGUCAAUGAUAUGAUCAACAAACUUGAGGAGUAUGUCAAUUCGCACAUCCAAUAUAAGGAAUCGUAUGACAGCUUCUACGAUUGGAUUCGUAACUGCAAGAUUGAAAUACAACAUUGCUCAGAUUCACACGGAGAUAAGGAGGAAGUUCAGAAAAAACUGAAAAGUGUCAAUAAAAUCAUUGGAUCACUUCCGAAAGGAGAGGCUUUACUUCAGAAGGCUAUUAAGUUGAGUGAAUCUGUGCUAGAAACGACUGGAAACGAAGGUAAAGAUAAUAUCAAUCAGGAUAUCAAACAAUUGAAAAUAGAGUGGGAGAAUUUACAACAAAUAUGCAAGGAUACUAAAAAGUUAUUAGAAAAAUGUUUAUCUGCUUGGUCCGAUUUCAUGGAGACUCUGGAAAAGAUGACCAAAUGGGUCAAAGAUUUUGAAUCUAAAUUAAACACAGUGCAAAAGGUUGAUAAAAUAACUCCAGAGUAUCUUGAAAAGUGUCGCGAACUUUUAUCUCAAGCCCUUGCAAAUAAGCAUGUUUUAGAAGAAUUAAACGACAGAUGUGAAAACUUAAUGGAACUUAGCGCUUGUGCUUGGGUUCGUGAUAAGACAGUCAAUUUACAAACUGAAUACACGGCCUUACUGACUAAAAUACAGGGUCUUGUAUCGAAUGGAGAAAAGAACUUGUCAGAUCACACUGAAUUUAUCAAAGCUAAGGAAGAAUUACAGCGUUGGUUAGAGACUGCUCAUGGGACCGUACACGAUUCCAUUGGAGUUGGUGAUAUUGUCGCAACAAAAGACAAGUUAGAAACAGUCAAACUUGUCAGUAACAGGAUGACAGAGGGUCAUCAUUUGUUGGUUGUCUUACAAGAAGCAUUCAAAAAAGCUCUCAACAAUACCCCUCCUGAGGAACAAGACGGUCUGCGUAACGACGUCAAAGUUUUGCAGGAGAGUUGGGAUCAACUUAAAAUAGACUUGAAUUCGAUAACGGCUCAAUUAAAGGCCGCUAUCGGCAAAUGGGAAGACUUUGAAGAAUCGAAGAAUAAAAUGAACCAAUGGAUCGAAGAUACAGAACAGAACUUGGAUAGAGUACCUCCUGCAAGUGGUGAACUGGGAGAAAUGAAGACUCUUCUUGAGAAAUACAAACAUAUUGAGGAUGAAAUCAACAACAAGUCUCCAGAAUUUGAACGCUUAAAGUCUGAAGCAGCAGAAUUAAGCGGUUGGGCUAAAAAUCCAGCCGCUAAAAAGGCAGUGGCAGCCUUAGAAAAGAAAUGCAAUGCCUUAAAGGCUAAAUGCGCUUCAAAGAAGGCAGAUCUGGAGGCUGACAUCAAAGAUUACAAUCAUUACCACCAGUCUCUGCAAGAUACCGAAAAAUGGUUACUGCAAAUAUCAUUUCAACUUAUGGCUCAUAAUUCAUUGUAUAUCUCAAAUCGUGAACAAACCGAGGAACAACUGGCCCAGCACGCAGUUUUACUGGACGAUGUACAGAAGUAUCAAGCUACUUUAGAUGAUCUCGAAGCAAAAGGUCGAGCGCAGAUCGAACGCUAUGAGGCCACGACACCAUCUAUCCGGGACACAGUCGGUAAACAAUUGAAAAAUGUUAAUGACAGCCACAAGAGCUUACUAGCGACGGCUCUGCAGAUCGAACGCCGACUGAGAGAAGGUUUGGCCAAGUUCAAGGAGUAUGAAGACACUCUGGAGAGUAUUUUGAACAAUUUGGAUGAAUGUGAACCAGCGAUAACUGAACUAGAUGUCCCCGUGGAUGGACUGGCUCAUGGACGAGACUUGCUGGAUAAGGCCAGGGCUCUCCACAAUCGUCUGCAAACGGAGAAGUCCCGCUUGUGCGCGGCCGUGGCUGCUUGUAGUGCGGCUGCGGCUUCCGUGUCUCGACCCUCCUCGCCAGCGGACACUGCACCACCACCAGUUCCCCAGAGAGAACUGCACGUUCGCGCGAGGCUAGAGGACCUCAUCGACCAGACUCAUGUGAGCGACCUAGGUGGCGCACGAAUAGACUCCUUAAAACGGACUCUCGAAGCGCCGGAGUUCAGCCAGAAACUUGUGGCUUUCGAGAAUAAGGUACAAAGCCACCUGGAGACGCUGCGGGAUGCCGUCAGCGGGAUGGAGGAAGCUAUGAAGCAAGUGCAAGAAAUCCAGGAGUGGAUUGCGGUCCAUGCCGCUUUGGCCCACGACUGGCUCUCUAACCCGUCUAAAUUACGACCGGAAGCUGCUAAACAGGAUAUGGCCACAAUGAAUGAUGCACUCGCGUCGCUGGCUGAGAAGCGUAAUAGAUUGCUUACUGAAAUUCCUACAGAGGGUCUGGAAGAUGAAAUAAAUCUUGAAGAAGAACUCGACAAACUAGAACAAACAAUACAUCAGGCAAUCGAAAGAGAAAAGGGCAACCAGUCGAUUAUAGAAGAUUUCAGACACAAAUGCCAAGAGAUACAUGAUUGGUUCGAUUCUGUACUUAAGAAAAUGUGCUUAGCCGAUAAAGGGUCGGGGUUACCUUGUCCACAGAAAUUAAAUGCGCUCAAAGAAUUAUCAUCUGACUUUGGCCAGAAUGGCAAGGAUAAAGUAGAUGCUAUCAAGAACGUCGGGAAUAAAGUCAUCAACAUUGUUAGUAACUUGGAGUCGCAGCAAGUAGAAGAACAAAUGAAAUCAGUGGAGCGAAGGUACAACGAUAUUGGUAAACGCAUUCAGCGCAAAUUGCAGAUGUUAGAAAUAACUUACAAAGCUAUAGACGGUACUAAGAGUGAAGUAAACGCUCAAAAUGAAUGGAUGCAAAAAGAAAUCGACAACAUACUGCAUCCGGAGCCAUUGAGCUACGACAGCAAGUCUGUUAAAGACAGACAAAAAAAAGCAGCCAAUUUACUGAAAGAAGCCGAUGGUAAGAAGACUGUUAUUGACUCUCUAGAAAAGAAGGUAAGCAACAUUCAAUCCGAGCUAGAACCUUCUGAGCAAAUGCAAUUAGAGUCCGAGCUUUCAGAAUUAUCAUCUAAACAAAAACAGUUAGCUUCUCUCGUUAAACAAGAAAUUGAGAGAUUGGGAACCUGCGCCGAUACAAGGAAAAAAUUAGAAAAUGAUAUCGAGAAAGCUAAGAACUGGCUUAAAUCUAAAGUGGCGGAAAUAAAGAAACUUGGAGGACCUGUACCCCUCGAAGUAGCUAAAGUUGAAAAAGAUAUAGCGGUUCACAAGAAACUACAAAGUGAACUUUCUGACUUCCACAAUGACACACUUAGUGAAGUGAUGCGUCAGGGUAACGCUGUAUCGAAGGACUGCUCUAGUGAGAACCGGGCUAAGUUGCAAGCUUUACUGGAAGAUUUAAAUAAAACAUACACUGCAGCUAAAGUAGAUAUUGAUGAUAAACUUGCAGCUUUGAAUAAACUUCUUCAGGGAAGAAAUGAGUUUGAGGCUGAUGUCGCCAAGUGCCAGAGUUGGUUAAAUGAAGCUGAAGUAGCAGCAACUCCUGAGCUACGUACAACUAGUCUUCAAGUUCUGGAAGAACAGUUGGUUAAAUUUGAAAAAUUAAAUAAAGAGGCGGUGGAAGUUGAAAAGAAUAUUGGUAAAAUUAAGGAUAAAUCGAAAGAUAUUAUGGAUUCUUUAUCUGAUUCCAAUAAGCUACAACUUAAGGAACAAGUGAAUGUUCUAUCCGAUAGAUUUGCCAGAAUUAAUGCUAUUAUAAACGACAAAAAGAACAUUUUAUUAAAGCAUAUCAAAGAAUAUAAGGACGCUGCGGCAAAGAUAGCCGCUGCUUUAGAGUUCCUGAACGAAAUUCAAAAUAAAUUAAAGGCUUUGAACAAACCAAUAGGAAGCAAAGUUGAAGACGUGCAACCAAUCAUCCAAGCUUACGAAGCUAUUCUGGAUGAUCUUAAGAAAAAUAAAGCCAUGCUCAAUGAAUUACAAGGUGGCAACUUACAUGACUUGCAAGAUAUAGUGUCUAAACAAGAUGAACUUAUGAGCACGAUCGAAGACCAAAUAUCGAAACUCAAGCAGCUCUUGCUGUUACGUGAACAAUUCUUUGCUUUGGUGAAGGAAAUUGAAGAUUUUAUAUCAAAAUACACGGAAUUCACGGCUGAAAUUGAAAAAUCUAAUGAUUCAUUAGAAGAAAAAAUUAAACGCUACGAUGACAUCAUAGUCAAGAUCCAGGGCUGCGAGGCUCUGUUAGCAACGGCAACUGAUAAGGGACAACAAAUCGCGGCAGAAGGGACGGUAAUUGACAGAAACAACAUCACAGAGUUAUUACAGUCCCUUAAGCAACAGUUGCUAACAUUACGACGCAAUGUGGAGGCCAAACGUCAAGAGAAUGAAAGAGCUGCAGCCGAACAUAAGAAAUUAGCAGCUGAUCUCUCUGCAAUCUUACAAUCUCUUCAUGACAAUGAAGCUGCAGUACAUUCGAGACCUCUAUUGAAUAGGGAUGUCGCCAGCGUUGACAAAAAACUCAUUGAACACGCAACGCUCGCUAAAAACAUUCAAGGAUAUUUGGACAAGCUCACCAAAAUAAUAGAUUCCAUUAAAAGCGACGAUGUAGUUCCCGGUACACUUUUAGAAAUGAUCUCAGAGGGAAAUUCUCUAAAAACUUCACUGCCAGAAGAACUAGCAAACAGAGAAAAACAUCUACAAGAUAAUAAAAAAUACAGACAAUCAUAUCAACAAAUGGUUGAAAAACUCAGUAUUUGGGUCAAUGAAGCAAAUAUAAGACUAGGAAUGGGUAAAAACGGUACCGACUUUGAAAACAUCGAGUCUGACAUCGAAGAACACAAGACAUUCUUUAAUUCAUCAGAACCGGAAAUGAAAGAUCUUGUUGGAAAGAAGAUGCAGGACAUAGUGAACAAAAUAUGGCCAUCCCUUACUCCUUCCGAACAGGAAGAGUUAUCUAAGGAGCAUCAGAAAAACAACCAGCUCCUGAAGAAUACCUUGAAUUCAGCGAAAUCUCGUCAAGCACAACUAGAAAUAGAUUUGGAGAUCUGGAAAGAUUUCUGUCAGUUAGUGGAAAAGAUUAAGGCCAUUCUUGAUAAGAACGACAUCCCUGAAGAACCCGUGACUUCUAUGGAAUUACUCCGUUUGUACGUUGAGAAACUUAAACACGCCCACAAUGACCUUGAGAACCAGCAGGCUCUGCUGGACGUGGUCCGCGAACGCGCCCGCGAGCUGUCCGUUGGUGCGGAUGCGGCCAGUGGGGAACGGGUCGAGCAGAGGGCGAGAGAACUGGCGGAUCGCUGGGAAGUCGCCUGUGAAGGCCUAGCGAAACGCGCUGCGACAGCUGAUAGCCAGCUGCAGCGUUGGUCGUCGCUGGUGGACACACAUCGCGCCCUGUCUGCGGCUCUCACCGCGGCAGCCGACCGCCUACGACACCUGGACACCAGCCCCCCGACAAGGAGACGAGCGCUAGAUAUCAAACAUGAGCUACAGGAACUGCAAAGUGAUGUUUCGAGUCUGGAGGAGAGUAAAGAUGAUCUGGUGGAACACGGAGAUUUCGUCGUGUCGCUGUUGAAGCCUCCCGCGGCCGCAGCUGACAUAGAAAGAGAUGUCAAGGAACUGGUGGAAAACUAUGAGAAAUUGCGACAGACUCUAGCGGCGAGACUCGCGGAGAUCGACGAAAUCGUUUCCGAAUUCGAUCGCAUUUCGGAGAAGAUUGAUAAGCUCCGACAACAGAUCGAAAUCUAUAUAACUAAAGUAAGAACCUUCUACGUAUUCGGAGAGGACGACGAACAGGGUCUACGACAACUAUCAGUUGAGGUCUCGGAUCUCGUCGAGAGUACGAAGACCUUCACUGAAGAGAGUCGGAAACGCUACGGGGGUUCUGCGCCCGCGGACAUUGCGCAGGAGCUCUCGGCAUUAGAAUUAUCCGCGGAAGCCCUGGCCGCCGCUAUGGAAGAAAAAGAAAGGGAGUGGAAACGAGCCAAGACUGCCCGUACUGACUACGCAGCUGACGUCGACAGCGUGCAGGCUUGGGUCCGCGCAGCCGAGCUGACGGCACGUGAGCGCACAUUACCACCACAGUCGUACCGUGAACGACUCGUAGCCGUCCGUUCUGAGGAGCCAGGAGUGGCUGAUCGCGUUGAGCGCCUCACGAGGAAUGCGCGGACUUUGGUGGAGGGCAGCCGCGACGCGGAUGACCGUUCGCUCAUCCAAUCUACGGUUGCGGCGCUCACAGAGCAGUUUACAGCCGUGUGCUCGGAGCUAGAGGCACGUCAGGCUGCAGUUGAAGAUGCUUGUGAUGCCGUGGCGCGUUUCCUGGCACUCCUGGAAAAGGUUCUACUCUGGGUAGAAACGCAACGCGCUUUCCUUGCGCGGCCGCUGGUUUUGGCCGACUUGCAGGAGGCGCAGCAAAAACAGACGGAAUACGGGAACGCCCUUAGUUGUAAGCAGCAGGCUAAAAAUUUAGCUGAUAUGACUAAAGAAUUGGAAGCGAUUGAGCGUGUGACUAGUCCAGGAGAUUUGCCUUCAAGAUUGGAGGCCGCCGAGAAUGCUACAGUGGAUGUAGAAAAGCGUCUAGCCAAGACAAAUGGUUUACUACAAGAAUUAGCCGAAGAGUGGGAGCGAUGCGAAAAGAAAUUGAAGGACGUUGGCCAUUGGCUCGAGGCUACCACUAGAACUCUAGAGGCACCACAAAACGCAAAGAAGCCUCUCCGAGAUAGAUUGGCUUUUAGAGAAAAAUUAAUUAAUGAUAUAUCAACACAAAAAACUAAAAUUUCUUAUGCUGUAGAAAAACUCAACGUGCACUUCGGAGCUGAAGGUGUGGCGGCGCAGUCGGGUGCACCGUCCGGUGUAUCAUCGGCAGCACGUGCAUUAGCCGGCUCUCUAGACGCUCUGAGUGCUGCUACAGGAGCGCAGGCUACGCAACUGGCGGCCGCUCUGGCGCAGGUGGAGGCUUAUUGCGCUGACGUGGCGCGCCUUCGUGGCUCGUUGCUGGCAGCCGAGCAACGCUUGCGCCAUGCUGCUCAGCCGCACUUUAGCCCCGGAGAUCCGGAACAGGCUGCUCGGGCACAACAGGAGGUCGAGCGACGAAUCGAAGAGCUGACUUGGAGCAUCUACGAGCUCGACCCGUACUACAACGAAGCUAGCGACGACGAGCCGGCCGCUACGUUGGCCAUGCUGGUGUCAAGUGCGGACCGUGCUCGGGCGAGUCGUCGCUCGCGCGCGGUCCCUCCGCCUCCCGCACGGCUCGUACCUGCCGCACCCUCACCCGCACGCCUGGCACCUACCACCUACGCCGAAAUAGUAAAGGGCUCGGGUUCCCGCUCGGUCUCUCCACCAGACCGUCCUAUGCACAGAUUGCCACUAAUGAUCCAAGACAGAGAGGCUAGCCCCGAAGAGGAUAACAAAGUUGAAGUCCAUGGACUGACUAGACCUUGCUCCUUGGAUGAUCGGGCCGAAUUCAGUGAACCAAAAAGCUCUAGUGACACGGAGUGCGAAAUGAGUGCAUGUGAUACGUUCCCAAGUGGUGUAAACGUUUAUAGUAGGGAAUAUUCCCAUGACGUAUGCGAUUACUAUGAAAAUCGUGAUGUGGAAUGCAAUGAAAAAGUUCCUGAAUUUAAUAUAGUGCCUCAACAGCCUUCAAUUGUUGAAGAGACUCCAAUCAUAACGACCACGGAGUUACGUACAUCAGAUUGUCACGACAGAUCAAUGAGUCCCGCGUCCAAACAUCGGUCUCAAGAAUUAUCUUACGCCGAAAUAUUAGCACUCGGUUUAAGCAAACAAUUAAAGAAUUCAAAUGUUUCACUACUACCUAAACCGCAAGUGGCGCAGGUAGAAAUGGUAAAAGAAAUUGUUAUUGAAAUGGAAAAAUCGCCAUCAUUACAACAUGAGCAAAAAUUGAAGUCAAAAGACUCAUUGAAAUUAAAAGGUGUUAGACCAGAAAGACCUUCACAGCGUAGUCGAUCGAGAGACAUGCCAAGGCAACGAAGAGCGCCUGAGAAACGAUCGACGAAAACGAACGAUGCGCAAAUGAUAAAGAAAAAGAAAACACCAAAAAAAGUAUUGGAAGUUCAAGAAUUUGAUGAUAAUCCUGAAGUAAUCGACGCUGAUAAUCUGCCAUCUCAGCCGACAUUAACGUUGAAACAUAAGACGGAUAAAAAGUCAGAUUGUGAAAGUUCUAAAAUGACUGUAAAUAAAAUUGAAACAGAAAAUGAAGAGCCAAUACAUAGUGAAAAUUUCGAAGAAACCAUUGAUGCUAGUCCUGAACCAAGUGUCGCAGAAUCUGUCCCAAAAAAAUCUAAGAAAAAAAAUAAAAUAAAGAAAACUCAAGGGACAGUAGACGAAAUCGAAAGAGCUCUUAAAGAAAUAGAGGAGUCAGAUAAACAAAAAAAGAAAAAACACCGAGACCUGCGUGAUAAGAGCAAAGAAAAAGUAAUAGAAGAAAAGAAAUUGUUAAUGAAAGUAGGAAUUCGGAUGUUAUUAGAGUCAAAGGAAUGCUCUAUUUCCUCAAAGUCUAAAAAGAAGAAAUCUCAAAAACAUCAAGUUGUCACUUUAGCGGUUGAAAACAUUAGGGAAGAAGAGAUUAAAUUUAGUAACAGUAAAUUAAAAGAAACACCUGAAAUAUUCCUAAAGGACAUGACUCAAAAUGAGCAAAGUCUUGAAAAUAUAACAAAAUCUUCAGGUCUAAAAUGUGUUUCGCCAGAUUUAAAUAUAUCUGCAGACUUGAGUGAUGCUGUUUCGGGUAUUGAAUUUGGUUCAAUUAAGCAAAAAAAGAAAAGAAAAUCCAAAAAACACGAUAAAUUUCAAGAUAAAGAAAGAAGCGUUGAUCCCACGGAGGAAAUUAAAAGUUUAAAUGUAAAUACGGAUUUGACUAAAAGUAAAGUUAUUGAUGACAGUGACUUUAAAGACAUGAAUAUUUCAGAAAAAAUACAAUCAGAACAAAUUUUGAUAACUGAGGACAAUGAAUCAAUGAUAAAUAAAUCAGAAGAAUCCUCAAAUAAAAGUAAGACGUAUAGAAAGAAGUCUAAAACUAAAAAAUCCAGAAGUACAGAUAAUGAAGACACAGACAAAACAAUUCAAGAAAUUGAACAAAAUGAAAUAAUCAAAACAACUAAAGAUAGAGAGACAGAAAGAGUUAUUGAGUCUGUGGUGGAUAUUAGUCCAUCACAAGUGAAAAUUGAAGAUGAUAGCGUAUCUGAAAUUGGUAAAAAUAAAAUAAUCACCAUGGAUUGGAAUACUUUAAUGGAAGAGGAAGACAAGAUUCCUGAAUCUGCUAUUGAGCCAAUAACUCUUAAUGAAAACGAAAUGGACAUAAGUAUUUGCUCGGAACAAAUAGCUUCUGAAGUCACAAUCCUUCCUGAAGUGACGGCUGUUUUGUCAGAAUCAGAAAUAGUUGAUUGUGUAAAACUGUCGGAGGGUUGUGAAAUAAACACUAGUUCUGACCAAUCGGAAAUAGAGAAUUUAAGUUUAAAUAAAACAACGGCGAGUGAAAAUGAACAGAAUAAUAAUGACAAAUUCUAUUCAGACGUUGUAAGAAAGGAACGAUUUAUCAACGUGAUUGAACAAACUACUACUUACAGACCUAUAGAUGACGUCGAGACUCGUACAAUAUAUCUUAUUACUCACGAAGAAAAGAAAAUGCCUCCAAUAAGAACUGUUAAAAUAUUUAAUAGUAAAAAUAAUUCUUUUGAAGAAUCAUCUAAUGAAAAAAAAUUCCCGAUCGAAUCGGAGAAGGAUGAGAACGAGGAGGAAUCAUUCCAGAGUGAUAAAAUAGAUGAAGAAAUAUCUGGCGUAGAUUCUAUUAACAAGAUAGAGGUUCUCAAAAAAUCUGAUUCCGAAAGUCCUGUUACCGAAGAAACGUUGGACAAUUUCCAAAACACAGGAAUAAAGAAUGCCGAUGUGGUACAAAAAUCAGAAGGUCUGAGUAUUCAAUAUGAUCAGAAAGACUCGUACGAGGGAGAUAAAAAUGUUGCUGUUGUCAUGAAUAUUGAAAAGGAGGAUAAAAAUAAAGAAACUUCGACAGAGAUUGACUCGGAUGAUGUAUUCAUUGAACAAGCUAUAUUCGGGUCAGUACAAAACCGUAGGAAACCAGUAGAAAAAUCAGAGGUUCCUGAAGUUGUAAUAAAUGAGGAAAUAAAACCAUAUAUGAUUGGACUCGACUUUGAGCAACUGGACUAUAAUUAUUACCAAUACAUUAGAAAUAAAACCGGCAGUGCUAUAAUUACUAGUCCACAGGAGAGACAAGGCGAUAAUGAUUUAAGCGAUGAAUAUAAACAAAAUUAUAUUACGGAGCUAGAAAAGCAAGAUUACUUAAAUGAGGAGCAUGUUGAAACAAAUUCAAAUAGUGAGAACAUUCAAGAAAAUCAAGCAAGUGACAACGGACAAGGAAAGGAAUUUAAUUCAGGCAUUGAAGACAUUUCUGAAAUUAUAACACCGUCUAUAGAGGAAACAGGGGAUUAUGCGUUACAUGGAAUUUCACCAAAUAAAUCUGGAUCACUUGCUUUCUUUGAAGAUAUGAUGCCAAAAUAUGACUAUCAAAAUUUACAACAUGCUGAAUAUAACUUAGCAAUUCAGGCUACCAACAAAAACGCUUUGAAUUUGAAUAAAUUAAACAACACAGAUUGCAUACAAAACACCGCAAGCGAGCCAUUUGUGGAAAUAGAAAAAAAAUCUACGGAAGUUUUGCCAGCUGACAAUAGGAGCAUAUUGACAAAAUCGUCUGAAAUUAAAAACGAAACCACUGAUUUACUUAUUUUUGAUUCUUGUACACAGCUAAAGUACAAUUAUCAGGAUAUUAUUGAUGCAGAAAAAAGAAUUAUUAAAGAAAAUAGCAUCAAACCAAUUCAGGAAAAUAAAUUAAUCUUGGAUGAGAGUUUGAACCUAGCAGUUAAUGCAGAAAUAAAUUCGUCUGAAAAUUCUAUAAAUAGUGACAAUAAUAUGAAACUACAAAAUGCUAAGUCUAUUGAAGUACCCCGACAUCAAUAUCAAGAGUUGUUGGACGCUGAACACCUUUACGCCACGAUAAAAUCUUGUCAAGAUAGCCUAGAGUCUGAAUUACCUUUUAAAAAUAAUGAAAAUGAAAAAAGUAUUAAUUAUGAGCUCAGUAUAGAUAAAAAAUCUAUUAAACAUGACUCAUAUAUAACUGAUGCUGACGGGUCACCAGAAAGACCUCAAAUUAUCGAUACCAUUACAGAUGUAACGGAUGAUGAUAUUUCAAGCAAAACUAAUAACUGCAGUCAAAAUGAGAUGAAAUUAAUAUAUGAAAUACCAAUGUAUUCGUAUUCAGAAUUACGUGAUGCUGAAAACCUUCUUGUAACAAGACUAGAAGAAAAAUACCAGAGUAAAAUUCUAAAAACUGUUGAAGACAAUUACAAUUAUGAGAAUACAUUGAUUGAAACAAACAUUGAUUCCGCUUCUUGUCAAAAUAUUACUAAAGGAGUGAGAGAAAGUAGUGAACGCGAAAAUUUGGUAUUCGAAGUUCCUGGACAGAAUUAUAAAGAGUUACAAGAUGCAGAAUACCUAUAUGCUUGCCAGUUGUCUAAAAACGCAGCUGGUAUAGAUAACAGUGACAGAUCAGAUGUUUUAUUAAGUAAAGAAAAUGAACGAGUGCCUUUGGAAAACAAAGACUUUAACGAUGAUGGUGUUGGUGGUGAUUUUGAUCUCGAAGAACAAAAAUUACCGUUGUCAGUUGAUACUGAAAUUGUAGAAAAUAAACCAGAUUGUACGUACGAAAAUGCAAAACAGCUUGAGAACGUAAGUGAUAAAAGUAAAAGUCAUGAGGAUACGAUUCUCGAAGUUACGAUACAAGAAAAUAUUAAGCCAGAAAAAACUGAAAUCGCAUAUACUAUUGAUCUAAUCAGUCAUGAACGAUCUGUCUUAGAAGAAAAUGAAAAUAUCGGCUACGAUAUUGUGGGUCAAAUUGAUAAUGGAACUAACAACACUACGGAGGUUAGCGUUAAUACGAGUAAACCUGAAAAAGAUACUUUUGAAGAAAAUGUUAGCAAUUUUGAAGCUGAUUAUGUUAAACAAUCUCUUGUUCCUCUGGUUUUCGAAACACCGCAAUCAGAAAAAGAAAAAAUAUCUACUCUCGAUGACACAUGUUUAAAUCUGAAGGAGGCCGAGGAAGAAGAAUUUGUUAUAGUUGAUAUUGUAAAAGAUGUUUCUGAGGAAAUCCUAAAUACGUCACCUGUCAACUCUGAUUCUGGAAGUGAUAAUUUACUAUUUGCAAAUAAAACUAUUGCAGAAUCGGUACCAGAAACUGAAGAAGCUGUUACGGAAAACAGCAAAAAACAAUAUGAUCAAAAAAUGACCGACAGCAUAAACUUGCGGACUGACGAGAAGCUACCUGAUUAUCGUGACAAUCUGCCACUAACCCUUGAUUUUGAAGUGGACUGUGAAAUUAUAAAAUCGACUUUGGCAUUUGAUAAGGAAGAGGAACUAAUUCAAGCAAAACACAUAAACGAGUCUUCCGUUGAAUCUACUUAUAGCUCAAGGGAAAAUAUUUGUUUACAACCUAAAACUACAAUUGAGUCGCAACCAAUUGAUACGCAAAUAAGACAUAACAUACUUAGCACUGAUGAGGAUAUAUCAACUUUGAACUUGAUAGAAUCCAACUUAAACAAAACUAACGAAAAUUUAAAUAUUCCUCCCAAUAUAGAUUGCCUUAAUACUGACGAAGAAAAUGACAUACCUCGUCCUGAAAAAUCUCCUAUUCAUAGCUUGCAUGAUCUCCUUCCUGAAAUAGAUUCUAUUCCGGAGUUUAAACCUGCAUAUACCUCAAGUUCUGUUCUAUAUUCAAAAUUAUCAGCUGAUGCACCAGAAUUUAAACCAUCUUAUAUGUUUACGCGCGAUGACAACAAAGAUUCAGAGAGCGUUACAAAUAUUGAUAUGAUACAAAAAAAGCAAGAUAACACAAAAUCACAAAAGGAUGAAGAAUCUACUCCUGGUCCCAGAAAUACUUUGGAACCUAUGACUGCUUCAUAUUCUUCUGUAUUAUUAAAUAAAGCGAAGGAACUGCAAGACAAAUCAAAAACAACUUCUCAGUCUCCAGAGAAAAAGGAAAGUGUUUUAAAACCAUCCACUGCUCAAGAAAAAGAAGAACAUCCUGAUACAAAAUCAAAACAAAAAAAACGAAAGAAGAAAGAUCUGGACAAGCGAGAUUCAUCUUUGUCGCUUGUAUCCGACACUGAUAACACUCUUUCUAAUGUAAAACAAAACUUGGAGACAACCAAUGUAUGGACUAAGGCUGCUGAAGAAGGCAAAUCCUACGCAGAAGUUGUUGCCGAAGGGUUAAUUGGGGAUGAACCAAAAGAUUUACGGACUCACCAACACUUAGACCCGCCUAUUGUUUCUGAUCAAGAAAUUAUUCCAAUUUUGUCUGAUAAUUCUCUCCAAGUGGUAGAAACAAAGCAAGAAAAUCUUAAAGGAGUAGAAGAAUCUCAAACUUCGUGGGCCAAAAUUGUGGCAAGUAACCGACCCUCGCCAGAAAGAAUGAGUAAAGUAAAUGACCCAAUUGUAGAGAUCACAAGUUCUUAUAAACCUCCCGUUAUAUUAGUCGAUGAUUCUGAUAGCGAGAUUCAGCGUUCUGAUAUUCAUGUGGAUGAUGACGGUUUUAUAAAAGUCGAUCGAAAUAGGCGUUCACGUUCAAGAUCACGUGACAAUCGUAGUCAGUCACCAUCAACUUCAAAAUUAAUUCAAAAACAGCUUACUCCAAGAGACAAGUCAGAAAAUAGAUUUGAACCACUAGUAAGUAUUCUUAAAACAGAAGAAGAAUCUCAGGGUGUUGAAUCCGCUAUUGGAAGAAUUACAACAACAAAGGCGAGAAAAAAUCGUUCUUCUCAACCAAAAGAAGAAAUAAAAACUAAAACACCUCACAUUGCUUCAAACCCACCAGAGGAAGAAAAACAACAAAUUAAAAAAGAUAAAAAGAAAAAAGUAACUAAAUUAAAAGAUAAACCAUUAAAAUCUAAUGAAACUCCAGAUCAAUCUGAAUCGUCUCUUGAUAGAGUAAUGGAGGACAAAGUAGAACCAACUAAGAAAAUAGAACCUCAAAGCCAAAAGAAAAAUAAAAGCAAGAAGAAAGAUAAGAAAACUUCUCGUGCUAUUGAUGAAACAAGUACUCCUUUAGUGCCAGGAAUGAGAACAGGACAACAAGGAUCAUUAGAACAAGAAAAACUUGUAGGACAUGGUACAACAAAAGAUUUAACCCCUGUGUCGACACCGGAAAUUAUGCAAACGCCUAUUAAAGACAAACCGUAUUCCGAAGCUCAAUUUUGGAAGAUUGACCCUAGUGGAAUAGAUGAAUUAAACAAUUUGUCGGAAAUUUUAACGAUUGAAGUUAACAAACAAGAAGUGCCUAAAUUACAACUUUCAGUCCCAGAAACAAAUAUUGAUGAAACUCUAAUGGAAAUUAAAACCGACGAUGAAGCGUUAUGCGAUGUGGGGGAGGAUAUUCAGAGUCAGAUAUCUGAAGAGCAGUCUCUUGAGAAUAAAAUGGCGGACUUACAACGAGAAAUAGAAGAAAUGCUCUUGCCUGAAAAUGACCAUUCACUAACAAGUGAUGAUAUUCAAAUAGAACUGUCACAGACAAAUAUUUCAAUCGAAGAACAACAAGAUGAAAUACCAGAUUCUAUAAGUCCUAUUCUUGCUUCCCCAGACCCAGAAGAUACUUUAUUGCAAACAAACGAUUAUUGCAAAGAAAACGUAGAUGUUUCCAAAAGUGAACAUAUCGCCGUCAGCAUGGUUGAUGCUUUACUGGAAGAAUCAAAUUCGCCGCUGUUAUGGAGAGAGCCAGUGAUUACAUACCGCAACGAAGUGUUUGAAGAUUUAUCUUUGAAUGCGACAGCAAAUACUACAGAACAAAAUAUUGUUGAAAACCGGACAAAUGAUAACAUUAACCUUCUCAACCAUACUAACAACUCCGAUAUUGCUACUAACAAUAUGAUUUAUCUAAAACCAGAAAACUUUCGGUUAGAAAAGUUCGUCACGGACGACGCUGAAAAACGUUUAGCUGAACAAAAUGAUGUAGUUGUCACAAAAGACGUUAACGAGAAACUAGAAAAAAAUCUUAUGAAUGAUAAAUUGUUUUGGCUCGAGAAACAUUUGUAUCACGACGCGGAAUGCCAAUACUUCAUUUCGCUGGCAAACCAAUCUAAAGCGUCCGCUAACAUUCAAACCGAAUUAGAGAUCAAAGACGAAGAUAAAGAUCCGGACGGUGGAUCAGGAUUCUCGUCUAAUGCAGAAAAUAACAUUUCGCAAAACCGGUUCGGCUCUCCCUGCGAUUCCAAUUACAUAUCCAUGGAUCUUCCAGGAGGGAUAUGUAGUUGGAAAGACCAAAGUUCAUAUCUAAGUGUAGAGACACCGACGGAUUCAUUGAUUCGCUUAGUUUCCGACAUCCCAGAGGAUACACUAACACCCCUAUCUCCCGCGCAAGUCGCGCCCUCCCCCCUCCCCCCGCCCGCACAGGAGCCGACUACAGCAGAGAGGAUCCCGAAGGCUGCCAAGGAUGACUUGUCUAACGAUAUUGAAACGCUGCUAGAGGAAGUUAAAAUAGUACAAUCGAAUCUCUCCGACCUUCCGGACGGAAGCCUCGACGCUAUGGAGGAAGGCCUUCGGGAGGGAAUAUCAAUACUAGAAAAGUGUGACGAGGCAGCUGUUUUGUUAGAGCAAAAAAUCAUGGAGUUCCGAGAGGAACCUGAGGUGAAGGCGUUGCUCCGAGAGCUGGUUUCAAUAAGGGGACGGAUUGCAAAGCUUUUAGUGCAAGCGCGCCAAGGAUUAAACACCAUCCAGGUAAGAAAGGACGCUAAAGUUCAAGUAGCGAAGCAAACCAAAGAAUUGGAAGAACAAAAGGAAAAAGUAGCAAGACUAGACCGCUGGCUUGAAAAUAUUAAUGAGGAACUUAAGGAAUCCACCCAACAAGCCGAUGUAUUAACUGAUGAAGAUAUUGUUAGGUAUAUUGAAAUUUACGAGAGAUAUAUUAGAGAAUACGAAGAAUACGAAGUUUUGUUGAAAUCUGUGAUAGUGGUAAUUUAUGAUGAUUCUAGUCACUUAAAAGUGAAAUUAGACGUAACGAGGAAAUCUCUUGAAACAACAAAAGAUCUAGUCAUUAAAGAAAUUGAACGGUUAAGACAAUUGCUGAUACAAAUCAGAACUGCGCCUGAAGUAGCCGAAGAUGAUAUAUCCCAGACAGAUAGAACUAUUGACUCUACGUCCAUGCCGGAAGAAAUUGUGUCACCUCGGGAAAUGAAUUACGUUCCGGAGAGAGUAGUAGUGGAAAUGAGUAUUCCAGAAAAUAAAGAAUUUGAUGGCAACGAUAAACAAAAAACCGGCACUAUCAUUGAAGACAUCCCAGCACAGAAUGUAAAAUCAAAAACAAUAUCGAAAGAAACAAGUGAGCUCAGACAACCGAAGACACACAUUCAAGAACUGCUUAUACAAGGGGAAUCAAAACCUAGUGCGACAAUUGAAACACAAACGGGUAAAAGUCUUCAGUCUGAAACACCAUAUCUUGUCGAUAAAUCUGUUUCCUGUGCUCCAGAGAAAAAACUUACACAUGACGUGUCUAUAACGUGCAUACCACAGGCAGAGGUGGAAGUACAAACUAGUGAACCCAAGGAUCUUGAAGAAAUUCUAGAAAAUAUACAAGUUAAACAAACAACAUCCGAUGGGCACGAAACUAUUGAAAUUGCUAGCCGUCCUGUUACAAGGGAACAAAAAAUGGAUGAGCAGUCAUUAUUUGUUGAUGCUCAUUAUCAAGACGAUAAAGAACACAAAGAUUCUCAUCUCAACAUAGUUCACAGCUUGCCACAAUCCUUUGAAACAGUUAUGGUAGAACCUGAUGAAACCACGACUGAAGUUAUUGUUGACGCUGAUGGAACAAAACGAAUAAUCGUUAAAAAAGUUAGAAAAACUCUCGUCACAAGACAACAAAUAAUACAGGGUCAUCAACAGGAAUCUCAUUUACUAUCGGCUGAAAAUAUACCACAACACUCUUUCUCACAGUUGACACUUGAAGAAGAAGUUGGUUCAAAGUCUUUCCUACGGGAUGAUGGUGGCCAAAGACAUAUGGAAUACCAAUUAUAUGAUGGAAAAGUUAUAUCGGGAUUACCUGGCAGUGAAGUAACAAUCGAAGAAGUGACAUCUCGACCUGAUUUGGCUAUCACAAUGGAUCAAGGUAUAAGACCCGAAGAAAUACUUCAACUUGCAGAAGGAGAAAUACAACCACAGAUAAAGACUUCUUCUAGUGUUACAGCUGUAGUUCAACAAAUUACAAAACGAAUUGUUAAAACUAGACGCAGAGUUAUUCGACGUGUUGUUAUUAUCGACGGAAAAGAACAUGUUACAGAAGAAAUAGUUGACGAACCAGAUAACGUGGAAAUUUUUGAAGAAAAGAUUCCUAGAGUUUCUAUUAAUGUUAAGGAAAGUGAAACAAGUCAUGUAUUUACUGUUGACCCGGAUGACAAACAUCAACCAGAAAAAUCUCCAAAGUCGAAUGAAGAUAGUGAGCAUCUCCCGUAUGAAAGAAAAUCUGAAAAACAUGAGUCUCCCUUUAGAGAAAGUUCAGAAGAUAAUAUAUUUUCCCAAGGAGACCCAACCUUAGAAACUAGAACAACUAGCAACAUUAAGUAUCCAGAAGGUAAUGAGGAUAUAAAAAGACAACUAAGGGAAAUUAUACAAAAAGAAAGUAAAGAGUGCAAUGUAGUUUUACCAGGAGAACCAAAACCUCCCAAGGAAACUUCAUUUACGAUACCUGAAACUGUAACACAAAUAGUGAGUGCUGAUGAACAAAUAAGCAACAUACCGAGUGACAUUCAAUCCACGGAAACUACAUCUUCGGCUACAAUAAUCCAACAGAUUAUUAAAACAGUGAAGCGAAAACGGCGUAUAAUAAAACAUAUUCAAAUAAUAGAUGGAAAAGAACACGUAACCGAAGAGAUCAUAGAAGAACCAGACGACGAAGAAGCUGUCGAAGGUGAACCAACAAUUACUUACACACAAAAUCCAGAAUUUUCAACUAAGAGUAUUAAGAUAAUAAGAAAAGUUUGUGUGAAAGAUGGCAAAGAAUAUGUGACGGAACAGAUAGUGGAGGAGCCUGAAGAUGAUCUUUCAGAAGCAACUAAAGUAAUAAAUAUUGAAAAACCAGAAAUUUCUGAUUUUAAAACAGUUGAAGAACAAGAUUUUAUUAGACACACAAGACUUCCCCGAGACCAAUACAUUGCUGAAAUUAGCAAAGAAUUACUGGCUAGUGAGAUAAAUGACUCGCAAUCUCAAAUACAACAUGCAAAACAAAAUAUUAAAGAACAAUCUCAAGCGUUUAUAGAAAUUGAACAAAUCGACAAUUCGCCUCAAAAUGAUGAGAAGCGUGAUGCUUUAUCAACAGACAAGACCCCUGUUUCAGGCGAAAUUAGUAAAAUAAAUGAACAAGUUGUUGAAUAUAAAUCUGAGACACCGAAAACAGAAGUCAUCAAAUCUCAGAACACUGAAGAAAGAAGCUUAGAUAUUGGCCUGACGGAAGUGCUCUCAUCAAAUAAAGAAAUGCUAGCGCAACCUGACCGAGAUGAUAGCAAUGAUAAUAUCGUUACAAAGAUCACGAAGAAGAAAACGCGCGUAAUAAGACAUAUUCAAAUUAUAGAUGGGAAAGAACAUAUAAGUGAAGAGGUUAUACAAGAACCGGAUGAGGUGCAUUUUGUGGAAAGUGAUCCUAACGAUUAUCCACAUGUACUUCAAGAUGAGGUCGUUAAAACAAAAAAUUUGAAGAUUUUACGUCAAGUUCAAAUAAUUGACGGUAAGGAGCAUGUUACAGAAAAAGUUAUUGAAAGUCCUGAAACUACUGACUUUGACUAUAUUCAAUUACAUCAACCAGACGUUGUUGACGUUCCAACACAAUCAAUACCGACUAAUGAGACUAUUUUAGAUAAAAAAUCUGAAGGUUCAAUAAUAAUAGAGGAACCGCUUAAAGAUAGAGAAGAAUCAAACCUAACCAUAAAUGAGGAGUUUGUUAAUAAGUUAGCGCCUAAAGAUAUUUGUGACACGCCUAAUAUAAUUUCAUCAUCCAAAUCUGUUGAAGAAAAACCUGAAAGGGAUCUGACGCAAAGUUUCCUAGAAAGGGAAAUUGAACAUUCAAAUCUUUACAUCAUGCCAAUGGAGUCAAUAGAAAAAGACCACGAUAGAAACGUAUUACUUAAAAAUCAAGCUGAAACGGCUGAAGUAAAACAAGAGAAUGUAAUAUUUGAUACUGAAGUAAGCAAGGAUAUGCUUCCAAAGGAGGAAAUGGAUGUGAAAAAUCUUAAUUUACCCAUUGAAUCCCAAGCCUCAGAGCUUUCUAAUGUCGUAUGUGAACAGUCUCCGACAGCUUUUGAUUCAAAAUCCAUUGAAGAUCGUGUCAGCUCUCGAGAUCCUAAGCCAACAGUACAAAAUAUUAUUUCUCCUAAAAUUGAUCUUCUCGAAUUCGGCCGAAAUAACAAUGCUUCUGGAGUAAUUCAAAAAGUUCCUACAAGUGAUUUAUUAAGUGAUAUCCAAAUUACUGAUGAUAAAUCUGUAAAUAUCGCAGUAACUGAACUUAGCAAAGAAAAUUAUGAUACAAUCAUCGAUAGUGCAAAACCAUCGGAUCCUACCCAUUUAGCUAGAAGAAAUAGUGAAAGUGAAAAUGAACAAAUACCUAUUGUGCACAGUAAUUUGAAUUCAGAAUUAAAGGAUUCCACAGAUAUUAAAGAAAAACCUGCACAUUUUGAGGAUGAGAUUGUUCCAGUUCUGGAAAAAGCACCAAAAAGUUAUAUGACUACUCAUCAACAAACUAUUGAAACACUUGAUGAGCCUUCAUCGGACUUAAUAAAACAUAAACUUAUAAAAACUAUUACUAAGACAAAAAAACGUAUUAUUAAACAUAUUCAGAUUAUAAAUGGAAAAGAACAUGUUACUGAAGAAAUUAUUGAAGAACCAGAAGAGGUAGAGAUUGUUGAGAGUGAUCCAACUUCCCAUGCACAUGUGCUACAAGAGCAAGGUAUUAAAACCAAAACAUUGAAAAUAAUACGUCAAGUACAAAUAAUAGAUGGAAAUGAGCACGUUAUAGAACAAGUUAUUGAGGAUCCCGAUGAUGAGUAUGUUCCUGCAACAACUGUUCUUGCUGAUAUAGAAGUUCAGUUAAAACAGUCACAAUCAACAAAUGUUCCGACACAUAUGAGUGAUGUCACACAAAGGCUUCUCGAAAGAGAAAUUGAACAUUCAAAUGUUCUGGCUGCAGAGCCUAAGGAUUUAAAACAACCCAAGGAAUUAAGAGCUGCAGAACCCAAAGAAAAAAUAUCAAUAGAAGAAAAACAGACAUCGGAAUCGCAAGAUAUGAUUCAACAGCAACCGCAAAUCGCAACAACUGAGCUACUUGAUGUGCCCAUGACUACGGAAGAACAAGAAAUAGCCAGGGAAUUUUUGAGAUCUGAUGAAGUGGUCAGCGAUAACCUGGACCUAAAAAAUAAUGCAACAAAUCAAGUAGAAUUAAACAAACAUAUUCAAGUGCUAAGUGGAGAAAAAUUAAUACCAACGUUUGUUGAACCAGAACUAGAUACUGAUAAAAGUAUUGAACAAAAACUUAGUGAGGAACAUAUAGAAAAACAUAUUACAGUAAAAAAUAUUGAGGAACCAAGUUAUGAUACUGUUGUACCUGCCACUAAGGCACUUGUUACUGACUUAGAAGGCGCCGUUAAUAAGGAAGCAGAAAAAACUUUUAAUUUAAAACAGACAUCAUCUAACGAAGUAAGUAAGUUUGAAGAUUCAUUUAUAUCAAAAGAAAAAGAGUCAUUGUUUUCUGAACAAAACAUAAAAAAUAAAUCAACAGACCCAGAACUGGGCGAAGAAAUACCUUCAGAUCAAAUAGAAGUUGAUUCAUUACAAGAAAAUAUUGGUACUGCUGAGGAAAUUGUUAAAAAUACUGAAAGUUCCACUGAUAUAGGAAAGAAUAUAAGCUUGUCAUUAGCUGACCAGGGUAAAAAAGAGAAAAAUAAAUCUGGAAUAAUUGAAGAGUGUUACACUAGUCAAUCAAAAACGGAAGUGAAACCUGCUAGUGAAGGCAUUGUAAUAAUAGAAAGUGAUGUAAAUUUACAAAGCGAACAACCAAAAAUUUCUUACAUUCAACAGUUCGAAACUUUUAAACAUGAACAAAAUGAUGAAAGUCCUACACCUGUCCUACAGCUUCCAAAAGAUAUUCAGAUGCCCGCAAAGGAACAAGUUCAAAAGGGUUCUGAUUUAAAACAUGAGACUAAUAUGUUUAUUCAAACAGAGAGAUUGGAUACGCACAUGCAGGCUUUGGUUGGCAGUAGUUCGUCGUCUGAAAUCAAUAACAAAACGUCUAAAAAAGAUAUGCCUGAAAAAAAUAAUAAAUGUGAUUUUGGCAGCGAAACGGAAAAUAUCUCACAGACCGUUGAUAUAGCUAUGUCACUUGUGAAAACAGAUGAUAAGCAGGAAACCGAGCCGAAAAUUGAAAUGGAACUUAAAAUAGAAAACUUUGAAAAGACUUUGCCUUGUGUAGUAAAAAAAGAUAUAAAUAUUGAUUUGCCAACUCGAAUCCAUAUUACUGAAGAAAAACAAGAAAAUCUACAAGAGAAUCUCAAGGAUAUUAAAGAGAAAUCAGAUAAAUCCAAAAAGGACCAUAAAAAACGAAGUAAAAAGAAACAAAAACAUCCCGAAGAAGAAGCAAGUAAGGUUUUGGAUCCAGAACCAUUUUCUGAAACGGAAAAAAGUAUAGCGGAUACUGAGAGUUCAUCACUGGAACAUUACGUGCAACUGUCGUCCCCUACGCUUGUAGAAUCACCCAAGCCUUCCGACUCUUUACUAGAAAUGCCUAAAGAAAGUGAAUAUCCAGAAGAGAACAUUUCAGUGUCGAUGGUAUCAGACCACAAUACAGAAAAAGGUUACGAGCCUGAAGAUGUGUCUGUAAGUCAGGAAGAUAAAAAAAUGGAUAAACAAAAGAAACAUAAGAAACGUAAAGCUUACGCAGUAAGUGAAUCUACUACUUAUCCACAUCAAACCUCAACUGGAGAUGAAACUGCAAUAUCAACACCUGUCGAAAUGAAUGAGCCAAUUCAACAAAGGGUAAUAAAGUCGAAAAAGGGAAAGAAAAAGAUCUCCACCGAAGAUAAACAAAAGGAAGUAAAGUCAGAACCAGUUAUCACACCAAUCAGUCCAAAGGUUGGAAGCGAAAUAGUUACUUCUUCACCUCGGGAUGAAUCAUAUCACACAUUAAGUGAAACACCAGAAGUCAACACUGUAAAAAUUUUAGAAGAAUGCGUAGGAAGCAGCCCUGAGAUUGUUAAACGUGAAAUAAGUACCACGGUCACUUACCCAGUUAACGUCGUUGAAGAAAUUGCUACCACAGAAUAUUCUAUGCAAACUUCACCAGAAAUUUUGGAUUGUGAAAUAGAAGAAAAGGUUGAUAUUUCAAAAGUGGAAAAGACAGAUUUUGAGUUGCAAACCUCUCCAACUCCUGUAAGUGAAAUGUUGGUACAAACUGUACCAAUAGAGGACAAAGAAGCCCAUACGCAAACUUUGGACAAUAUUACCAUUGUAGAAAAAAUUGAAGUAUCAGAUAAUCAAAUUCAAACAAGUAGAUCGGACACACCGGAAGAAAUUGUUAAAAUAGAAAUGACUACUCAAGUUGUACCAAGAGACAUAGGCUCUUCUGACAAUAAAUUUUCACAAACAUCUUCUCCUGUGGUUGAACAAGAAAUAAAAUUCAAAGAAACUGAUAAUAGAGAUGUGCAAACUUCUCCUGAACCACAGGUCCAAAAAGACGAAAAGAGUACUGAAAUCGUUAUUGAAACAUUAGAUAGUGACAUACAAACUAUUAAACUCGACAAUGUAGACCAAGAAACAUCAACUUCUCCCACUGAACUUAGGAAUGUAAACGAAAUUAGUAUCCAGACACCAGCAGUAUCAGUUGUACAUAGCUCCACGCAAUCAGAGCUGCAGAAACCUGAAAUAGGUGAAGGAAACAUAGGAGAUAUCUUAGAUACAAAAGAUAAAAUUACUACAAUUGAUACCAGCCAACAAACUUCACCUCGUAAAGAUGAUGAACAAAAACAAUUCGAUAAUAUGACUAAACAAAAAGUUGAACGAAUUGACAGUACACAGCAAACUUCUCCUCGUGAUGACUUUAGCGCACCAAAACCUUAUUCAACAGUACAAGAUAUCAGGGAGUUUGUUUCCGUAAAUGUAUCGCAACAAACAACACCAAGAGAUACUUUCGAAACUCAGCUUCCGAUCAAGGAAACGAUAGUCAAAGAUAAUAUUACAGUUGAUAAUACACAACAAACAUCUCCAAGGUUCUAUUCAGAAGAUUCUAUAUCAACAUCCACAGAUGAGCCUUAUGAAGUCCACUUAAGGGCUCAAAUAUCUGUUCCACAAAUAGCUGAUGAUUUCUUAGAAAACGAGCGACAAUCACAAAUAUCGUCGCAAUCAAUUCUUGGUGACACACAAAAACAAAAAAAGCGAAAAUCUAAAAGAAAAGCUGAAUCUCCCUUGCAGUCUCCUGGUAGUCUUUCAGAUCCUAUAAAUGCUGAGCUUUCUAUGUCUGUGACGCCCUCAAGCGAAGACUUAUCUAGUAAAGACGUAUCAUCCAUAGAUGAAGGCAUAUCCCAAAUAGUGAGUCCUAUUCACCCUAUCUUACAUGAAACAAAUGCAGCUUCUAAACCGACUUAUUCGGAUGUCGUUCAAAGAUCGAAGUCAAAAUCACCCUCUCCAUCAAAAACGGUGAUUACAAAACCACAAAAAUCAGAAAAAGAAAAAUUACUUGAAACAUUAGAAAAAAGGACUCAAUCUAUAAACGUGUCUCAAAAAUCAGAUGAUUCAAUGACGGUCGCACUCAUAGAACCAUCUGUUGAAAAAUCCUAUGAUUUGGUCGUAAAUAAAGAGCUGGAAGAAGUUGUAAAUGCAAUGAAUACCCACGACCCAAGCAAAGUUGACAAGAGCGUAAUUAUUGUUAUUAAAACUAUAUCUAUAUGGCUAGAAGAAAUUCAAUAUAGAAUUAAAAGAGAAAUUAUAACUGGACAGACGUUCUCUGAUGACACUGAACGUUUAAAACAAUUAGAAAAUUUCGUUAAAAGAUUAAAAGAAACUAUUUGCAUAACUGAAAUUAAUGAAGAAACUAUAACGUUGAUUGAAACAUUGACUCGACAAAUAAGUGCCGUUAAUACGCUCAGCAACCAAAGGCCAUUAAGGUUAGACGAAGAAGAGAAAAAGUGGGAAAAGUUUUUAUCUGAAGUGGAAAGGUUAAAACAUUCAGUUGAUAAAGUGAAAUCUAAUCUUGACGCUUUAAUUAUGUCAGAAGCAACCACUCAAAAGAAAUUAGAAGAUCUAGAUGAUAUUGAAAACGAUAAUAAUGACAAUGUUGAAAAUGUAAAGAAAACUUUCAAACUUUACAGGAGCCUCAUAGAAUCAAAUCCUAAACUGGAAUGUCCUGAUGCUCUAUAUGUUUGUGAUGAUAACACCAAACAAGUGGAAAAUACUAUCAACACUGAAAGAGAUCGCCUAUUGCAACUAACGUCUUUGGCUGAAGAAUAUGAACAAACAUUGGAGGACUUUGGACAAAUUACGGAUGUAGCUGAAGCAUUACUUGACGGUAAAAUUAUUGUAUCUAACUUAGAUCAUCUUCACGAGGAAAUACAAAAACACAGAAAAUUCUUUGUGAAUCUUAGCCAUUGCAGAGCAAUUCUAGAAUCUCUAGAAAAUAAUCUGGAUAACGAAACUAGAGCAAAAUAUUCGGCUUUACAUCAUUCCCUGCACGAUAGGGCAACAACGAUUAUAGAUAGAGCUGCUGGCCGAGCCCAACAAAUGACUCUUGCAGCAUCGCGGUGGAGCACUCUUGACCAAGGCAUGAAACAAGAGCAACAGUGGCUUAUAGUAGCUCAACAAAGAAUUCCAGAUUUGUCAAAUGUGACUUCAAUUGACCACGAGCAAUAUAUAAAUCUUUACCAAUCGAUCAGCCUCGAUGUUUCGCAUCAUUACGCGAAAAUGUUAAGGCUAAUGUCGAUAACGGAAGGGCUACAGGGAUUAAUUAUUUGUUCAGGAUUAGAAUGUGAGUGUUCGACAGCACUUGACACUCUAUUCAGGCUCCAAGAGGACAUUGAUUCACGACUAACACGUCUCACUGCUUUUAAAGAAACUUGGAUAACAUACGACCAUCUCAUAGAUAGAAUCGAAGGCUGGAUGAAUUUAGCCGUUAAAGAACUAGAAUACAUUACUCCCGAAAAUAUUACAACUACCAAUAACCUCAGAAGAUUCUGGGAAUUGAAAGCUCAUCAUGAAGUACACAACACAUUAAAAAUUGAAUCAGGUAUUCAAUUUGAAAAAGCAUUAGAAAUACUACCAAUUUCAGACGAAAUGGUUCAACGACAAUUCUUUUCGAAGAUUGAGGACAAGUGGCGGGAUUUAUCAACAAAGAUUAGCAGCAUUCAUUCGACAGCCAUUCAAACUAUAUCUGAUCGCGAUGUACCUUCCAGUGAAAAAUUAACAAUACUAGAGGAUGAAAUGAGAGAACUAGCCGCUAUGUUAGAUGGUUUGAAAGGCGUAAUCAAGAGUGAAGACGAGCUCAACCUUUACAUUGAACGUUUACAAGUUAUGACAGGACGAAUAGACAGAAUACAGAACGAACUCGGCAGAUUGAGCUUGUUGCCAACAGCUGAUAGCGAAAGUCUCAGUGCACUACUGAAUCAAUCCAGCCUAUUGGACGAUCAGAUAUCAGAAGAAUUGGAGCGGAGUCUACUACUUAAAGAAAAACUUGUACAAGUUCAAGCCGGUAUCGCUCGCUGCCAAAAAGGUCAAAGAAGGGCUCAGCAAAUUUUAGAAGAGUGCGAAUCCGCCGAGCGACUCGAGAGCGAUGUGGUGGAAAGAGCCUCGCAGACCUGCGAUAAACUUAUAGAAGAUCUAUCGACACAAUGGCGGGAUAUCCUCGCGCUGAGGCAGGCUCUCCACACCUUGCCAACGAGUUUACGCGUCUGUAUGUCACCACUAAGUGUAGAAAGGGACAUUUCUGCUUUGCAGGAAAGCCAUUCGUCCCUCGAGUCAGCAUGUAACGACCUGAGCGCGCGGCUGCGUGCCCGUGUAGCGCUGUGGCGGCGGUUCGAGCGGCAGCUGGAAUUAUUGCAGGGUGCCGUUCGAGAGGCCGACUACAUGGUAGAGCUGCUCACCGUACAGGGACAAGUCGACUAUGACCGAUUGCUCAAGGCCACAGAGAAACUUGAGACAUUAAGCGACUCCCUCUCCCAACGUAACGGCGAGCUGGUGGGCGCUCUGCUCGAGGCGGCUCGUCCUCUUCAAGCCGGCGUCGAAGAUUCGGUCGCCGCACGACUCACCAAAGACAUAGACGACGCCACCGCCGCCUACCAUGCCACAUGCGCCAACCUCACGCAGCUCUGUGAAAAGUACAACAAGGCGGUAGACCUAUGGCGUCGUUACCGCAACGCCGCAGCAGGCGUGCGUGCGGUGGCCGAGAGACAAGAAGCGGCGCUGCACGCUCUCAGACCACACGACGCUCCCGCCGCGCACAGGGCAUGUCUCGAACAAGAGGCCCGAGUUGCAGAAUUACGCUCGUUGGCUGCUCGAGUUGCAGCUGAGACUGGCUCUAGAGCACUCCAGGCUGAUGCAGACGCGCUAGCCAGGAGGUUGCAAUUAGUCGCCGGUGCUGUUCAAGCUCUGGCCGACCUGGGAGAAGCCAGACAGCUGGCUCGAGCUAAGGCACAACAGGCUAAGGAAAUGUUUUGCGAUAUGAAACAGGAUUUAACUCCGCUGCAUGAGGACGGUGAGAUAGUUGAAGAUAAAUUGAUAGCGCUUCGGGAAAAUCUUAUAGCUCUCGGCAAGAGCGAAGCUCAUAUAGCUCCGGCCAAGGCCGAGCUGCCUGAGAUUGAUCGGGAAGUGUCCGACGAACACUCCAUUGUGAGAAUCCUGGAACUAUGGCAGGCCAUGUUCAGAGAUACCUUCCUUCAUUACCACAGACUAUCGACUGCGUUAGUGAGGUCGGGAGACGCUGCGACUGCGUUGCGGUUGUGGCAUGAAUACCUAUUGGACUUACAGUCGUUCCUGUCUGGAACCGUUCCUGCAGACUAUGAGAACUUAACUGAACACCGCAGACUGUGCCGAGUUCAUAGAAAUCUGUUGGCUUCCCAGCGCUCUGUUCUGGUAAACGAAAAUAGGGAGACGAAGAACAAAGAUCUUGCAGAUAAAUUUGACACUCUGACUAAUCUGCAUAACGAAACCUUGGCCAGAAUUGUUGAAAGACAUGACGAAGUUUGUUCGCGUAUCGCGGCUUGGGAUGAUUAUAGAGAAACAAACACUGAACUACUUCGAUGGCUGAAAGAAAUCGAAAGGGAGAAAGAAAAGUUACAGCUGCGUUACGUGCAUAUAAAGAGGAUACACAAAAUCCUUGCCAAAAUCCAGAAUCUCUCAGAAAGACUUCCUGAAGGUAGGAAACUAUCAGAAAAAUUACUUGGUAAUCUCAAAAAAGUACUGGACUUUACGGAAGACACAUACGCAGCUUCUGUCAGGAUGGAAUACGCUGGUAUUGUUAAACGAGUCGAUAACUUACAAGCUAGUCUUGACACUUGGCGUGAUUUCCUAACUCGAAUACUGGGCCUCAUCGGGGAGUAUGAAAAUCUGACAGGUGAUCUAGUCAAGUUGUAUACGAAGUCACAAAGCGAAGUCAUGUCUUACUCUGAUGAAAAUCCACUUUCAAGGCCACAACUUUUGAAAGCUAUAGAAAAGUACAGAGAUUUAAGAACAAAAAUUGACAAGACUGAAAAUCAGAUAGAAGCUCUAAGUGUUAUCCAAGAACAGUUGAAGGAAUGCCUCAGUCCCCAGGACAUGAGAAUAGUGAACCAAAAAGUGUGGCAGUUGAGACAACAGCGAGCUGACCUAGAACACCAGUUGUCAAUCAUCAUCCAUAGACUUCAGGAAAGAGUGGAAGUGUACACGAUAUUCGACUCCCGCUUGAGUCGAUUUGAAGACUGGAUUUCCACAAUUGAAUCCCGCCUUGAGACAACUACUUUAACUAGUGACAUCGGAGCCUUAGAUCCUCAAGAUUUAAUUAGAAGGAUAAAUUCAGACAUCCAAGCGGAAACCGCUCUCAAAGAACGCGAGUUUGAAUGGCUCGCUGAAACUGGAACCGCUCUGAUAGAACUCUCUAAAAAAGAUGAGAAAUCAUACAGCAAAAAUACAUCCAAACAUCUACGGGAUGUACAAGAGAGAUGGCACAAAUUACAAGAAACUGGCAGGAGUCGCAUUGACAAAAUCAAUGAGCUGCUCGAGACCAUCACUCAGCUUGAAGAACGAUUGACAGAGCUAAGGUUAAAACUACAUACCAUCGAAGCAAACUUAUCAGCGUCAGUGGUCUUGGAGCAAUUAAGUACUAAAGCCGUGGACACUAAAUUCCAAGAACGGGAUGAAAUUCACAAGAAUAUCGAAGAAGAGAGUGGGGAGGUCGGCAAGACUUUGAAUCUUUGUGAACUCGUCUUCAAUGACCCUGAUGUCAUAAAGGGAAACUUUGAUCUCCGAAACCUUCGUACCGGAGUUGAUAUAGUUGAAAAAAAAUGGAAGAACAUUUGUAAUAUGUCCGAGCAGCGCAAAAAAUCUCUAAAGGAAAUUCGGAAAUCGGCCGAAAUAGCAAAUUCGCUGUUGCCGAAAGUGGAAAAGAAACUUGACGGCAUCGAAAAGAGAAUUGAAAAGAUCGAAGCUCGGAAACAACGGGGCGAGGAACAGGACGAGAGCGUCGCAAAAGCCGUUAUCAAAGACCUGGACAGUCUCGAGAGCGAUCUGAAAAAAUUAGAAGACGCCUACAGUCGUAUAGCCUCCGCUCGGGGUGUGGAACUGCGAGGAGCGGCUAGCGACGACGCAGCUCGUCUCCGAACCGCUAUGAGAAGAGGACAAUCAUUACGUUCCCGCGUACUCAGCGCCGAUGCGGACGCGCACGGACGGUUUGUGGCCGCACAUGGACGGGCCGUCGUGGCGCUGGCGGAAACGGAUGUGAGGCUCACUAAGGCUUUACAUCUCUCGCCUGCUCCCACAGAUACACAGGCCACGCUCAAGGAACUCGACGGUGUGGAAGUAGACUUGCGAGAGUGCGAAGCACUAGUCGAGGAAGCGGAUAGACUGGCGGUAGUUGUCAGUUCGAUGUCGGGUGUUUCCGACAUGGUGGGCGAGUAUCGAGCGCUGUGCGCUGACGUACGAGCUCGUCUCUUAGCGGCGCGCGCGAGUGUGGUGAGCGACGUUGAAGCCGCUGUCCAAACGGAGUCCUUGCGCUGGGAGACUGAUGCCUCGUUACAGGUUGAUACGCUCACCUCUAAGGAAACCUACAGGGUGGAGCUGGAGGCUGCGGUCAGAGAGACCUCCGACGCCUUAGAAGCUUUAAGAACGGCAUUGUUAGUGGAGUUGAAGGAGUACGCGACUCGCGAGGAACAAGCCAACGCUGCUAAAGAAAUCGCCAAAGCUGGAGCGAAACCUGAACAAACAUUGGAAUUAGCAAAACAUUUAUCGGAACUACUACUGACGGAGUGCGACGCGACAGAGGAGGAAGCUAUGUUGAAGGAGGUCGAGUCCCUGUCUCUGAGAUACGAGGACCUUCUCCCGCAGGCGAAGAAACGGGAACUGCAGAUACAGGAGAUGAGGUUGCCCCACUCAGCGUUGUACGCUCUCACGUGCGAACAUGAAUCCGGUAAACUGACGUGUCCUCAAUGUACGGAUCGAAACUGGCGUCAACUGGACAAUGAUCUGUGGCGGCUGGAGCAGUGGCUGCAGUUCGCGGAGGCCACGGAAGAGGCGCGGACCGACCCUCCCGAGGCCUACGAAGCCCUGGAGGACGUAAUACAGGAUCAUCGCGAGUUCCUGCUGGACCUGGACUCGCACAAGUCGCUAGUGGUGUGGCUGAACCUGGUGGGAUCCCAUGUGGCGGGUCACGCUCGGCGAGAGGCGGACGGGGCUGCGGUGACGGCCCGGCUCGCGGAGGCCAACCGCCGUUGGGACUCCGCCUGUCGCGCCGCCGCUGACUGGCACGCCCGGCUGCAGACUGCCCUCAUCAAUAACAGAGAGUUCCACGACAUCGUCGUGGAGCUGGUGUCUCAGUUGGCGGCGGCGGAGCGCACGGUCCGCGCCCGCGAGCCGCUCAGACUGACGCGGCCGGCGGACCAGCUGCGGCAGGAUUUCCAGCGGUUCACGGAGCUCAGGGACGAGCUGGCGAGAGCUGAACCCAGGGUGCUGGCUCUCAGGGAUGCGGCGCAGCUGCUCAAGGACGACGGAGAAGAUGUCUGCCGCAGGUUGAGUGAGCUUCGUCUCCGUCUCAAGUCCCUCCGCAAGCUGUCCGGCGUGUACGCCCUGAAGCUGGGCGCGGCCCUGGCUAGAGCUCCGGGGGGCGCGCCCCACACGCACGUCAUCAUGGCCGCCGCCGCCUCCUCCUCGGCUCAGCUGCUGGAGGAACCGGAGCCCGCGCUGCCGCUGGAUGACGGGGUUGUCCCUAGCUCGGAGCACGAGGCGGCGGCCCUGGGCGGCGUGCGGCGCGGGCUGCGGUUCGUGCUGCGCGUGGCGAGGGCGUCGCUGCCGUUCCAGGCGCUGCUGCUGCUGCUCCUGGGCGCUGCGGCUCUCGCGCCGCUGUCCCCCUCCGACUGCCGCGCGGGGCCCUCGCUGUCGCCCGUCCUUCGCUUCCCGCACGGGCCUCCCCCCAUGUAGAUCCCCUCCCCCCGGCCCCCGGGUCCCUCCCCCGGAGCCCUGACAUUCCACAGCACGGUGCUAGGCCUGUAAAUACCGAGUUUUUGUAUAUUUGUAUCGAAGUGCCGCGCGUUAUUUAUGUAAACCGUAUUUAAAGAUGGCGCCGCAUCACUGUAUCGUAUCGUAACGGCUUGUAUACGGAUCCACGCAUCGUUACUUAACUGUCGACUAUUAGUGUGUAAGGAACGUUUACGAAAAUAUAAAAAUAAAGCCUUGCAUUGAUUAUAA